UUUUCUCACACGGAACAGCAGCUGGUAAGUCUUAAAAAUGUCAGCCGGGUAGAUGUCAUCUGUCAACGUUGAUACUAUUUGACAGAUUGUGUAACGCUAGUGCUGGCUAGCAUUAGCAAGCAAGCUUGUUGAAAUUUUUGUGAGGCACUAGCUAGCUAACAUUAGCUAACUAUCAAUACUGUCUGUCUGUAGGAAAGUGUUUUUUUCUACGAAGUGGUGUUUUUUGGAAGAAAAGUGUUGUUUGGAUUGUCAGCAGAUGCACAACGCCUAAUCAAUGAUGUUUUCCUUUGAUGUUGACUUUCUGCAGAUGAAGAGCUACAGGGGAAUCAUGAUCAUGCUCCUGAAUUGAAGGUAGCUAUAAACACAUUUCACUAGCCCUAGGUUCAAAUAGGUACCUACUGUGCCCUUUUCUAUUACUUGACGUAACAAGCAAUAUAUACUGUGCAUUCGGAAAGUAUUCAGACCCCUUUAUCCACAUUUUGUUAUGUUACAGCCUUAUUCUAAAAUUGAUUAAAUUGUUUUUUGCUUUUCUACACACAAUACCCCAUAAUGACAAAGCAAAAAGGUUUUUAUAAGUUUUUGCAAAGCAAUUUUCAGGUCUCUCCAGAAAUGUUCAAUUGGGUUCAAGUCCGGGCUCUGGCUGGGCCACUCAAGGACAUUCAGAGACUUGUCCCGAAGCCACUCCUGCCGUUGUCUUGGCUGUGUGCUUAGCGUCAUUGUCCUGUUUGAGGGUGAAUCUUUGCCCCAGUCUGAGGUCCUGAGUGCUCUGGAGCAGGUUUCCCUCGACCCUGACUAGUCUCCCAAUCCCUGCCGCUGAAAAACAUCCCCACAGCAUGAUGCUGCCACCACCAUGCUUCAUUGUAGGGAUGGUGCCAGGUUUUCUCCAGACGUGACGCUUGGCAUUCAGGCCAAAGAGUUCAAUCUUGGUUUCAUCAGGCCAGAGAAUCUUGUUUCUCAUGGUCUGAGAUUCCUUUAGGUGCCUUUUGGCAAACUCCAAGCGGGCUGUCAUGGGCCUUUUACUGAGGAGUGGCUUCCGUCUGGCCACUCUACCAUAAAGGUCUGAUUGGUGGAGUGCUGCAGAGAUGGUUGUCCUUCUGGAAGGUUCUCCCAUCUCUACAGAGGAACUCUGGAGCUCUGUCAGUGACCAUCGGGUUCUUGGUCACCUUCCUGACCAAGGCCCUUCUCCCCCGAUUGCUCAGUUUGGCCUGGCGAUCAGCUCUAGGAAGAGUCUUGGUGGUUCCAAACUUCUUCUAUUUAAGAAUGAUGGAGGCCACUGUGUUCUUGGGGAUCUUAAAUGCUGCAGACAUUUUUGGGUACCCUUCCCCAGAUCUGUGCCUCGACACAAUCCUUUCUCAGAGCUCUACUGACAAUUCCUUCGACCUCAUGGCUUGGAUUUUGCUCUGACAUGCACUGUCAACUGUGGGACCUUAUAUAGACAGGUGUGUGCCUUUCCAAAUCAUGUCCAAUCAAUUGAAUUUACCACCUGUGGACUCCAAUAAAGUUGUAGACACAUUUUAAAUAAUUUUCUAUGGAAACAGGAUGCACCUGAGUUCAAUUUCGAGUCUCAUAGCAAAGGGUCUGAAUACUUAUGUAAGGAAGGUAUUUCUGUUUUGAAUUUUUUAUAAAUUUGCAAAAAUGUUUAACCUGUUUGCUUUGUCAUUAUGGGGUAUUGUGUGUAGAUUGAUGAGGAACAUUUUUUAUUCAAUCAAUUUUAGAAUAAGGCUGUAACGUAACAAAAUGUAGAAAAAGUCAAGGGGUCUGAAUACUUGAUGAAUGCGCUAGAAUACAGGACUAGAAUAUGGCUAGAAUACAGUAUAUACAUAUAAAGGGGGUAAAACAGUAUGUUAACAUUAUUAAAUUGACAACGAUGUACACUGGUACAAAGCAGUCUCGCUUUGUCAUUAUGGGUUACUGUGUGUAAAUUGAUGAGGAUUUUUUUAUUCAAUCAAUUUUAGAAUAAGGCUGUAUCGUCACUAAAUGUGGAAAAGGUCAAGGGGUCUGAUUACUUUCCGAAUGCACUGUCAUAUAUUGACAGACUUGAAAGAUUUAUUAUGCAGUCGCAAUCUUCGCUCUCUCUCCCACUACUCUCUCUUCUAUCCUAUCAUCUCUUCCUUCCACUAAAUCCUUCUCCCUCCCGACUCUGCAUCUUCAACCCUACUCUCCUCCCUUCCCACCUCCUUUGACUCCCACUGUCCCCUUUCGUCCCGGCCAGCUCGACCCUUCCCUCCUGCUCUUUGGCUGAGUGACUCACUGCGUGCUCACAAAAAAUGGAGGAAAACUAAACUUCCAAGGCCCUAUCAUCCUUCCACCCUCCUCUCUACCUUCUCUUCUGUAUCCGCUGCUAAAGCCACUUUCUUUUUUCUUUUGUAUUUUGCUUUUACCCCCUUUUUCUCCCAAUUUCAAUAAUGAUCUUGUCUCAUCGCUGCAACUCCCCAACGGGCUCGGGAGAGGCAAAGGUCGAGUCAUGCGUCCUCCGAAACAUGACUCGCCAAACCGUGCUCCUUAACACCCGCCUGCUUAACCCGGAAGCCAGACGCAGGUGCCAAAGUCAGCCUGCAGGUGCCCGGCCCGCCACAUGGAGUCGCUAGAGCGCAAUGAGCCAAUUGUGUGCCGCCCGAUAGGACUCCCGGUCACGGCCGGUUGUGACACAGCCUUGGAUCGAACCCAGGUCUGUAGUGAUGCCUCUAGCACUGUGAUGCAGUGCCUUAGACCGCCUCCGACCCUGGGAAACUCUUUUCCACGUUCUACUCCCUCUUUAAUCCUUCACCUCCUCCCUCUCUGCAGACGACUUUGUCAAUUUAAAAUGAAAGGUUGACGACAUCCGCUCCUCAUUCACUCAGCCUACUGAAGCCACUGGUCCCACUCACACAGCCCUACCCUACGCCUUGACCUCUUUCUCCCCUCUCUCUCCAGAUGAAAUCCUGCGACUUGAUGUCCAGCCGCCCGAGAACCGGCCCACUCAACCCCAUCCCCUCUUCCCUUCUCCAGACUAUCUCUGGAGACCUUCUCACUUCCCUCAACUCAUCCCUGACCGCUGGCUGCGUUCCCUCUGACUUCAAGAUGGCCAGAGUCACUCCCCUCUUCAAGAAACCAACAUUUGACCCCUCCGAUAUCAAAAACUUCAGACCGGUAUCCCAUCUUUCUUUUCUUUCCAAAACACUUGAGCGUGCUGUCUCUGACCAACUCUAUGGUUAUCACUCUCAGAAUGAUCUUCUUGACCCUAACCAGUCAGGCUUCAAGACGGGUCACUCAACUGGGACUGCUCUCCUCUGUGUCACGGAGGCUCUGCCAAAGCUGAAUUUCUCUCUUCUGUUCUCAUCCUCCUAGAUCUCUCCACUAUAUUUGACACUGUGAACCAUCAGAUCCUCCUCUCCACCCUCUCAGGGCUGGGCAUCUCAGGCUCUGCACACUCUUGGACUGCAUCCUACCUGGCGGGUUGCUCCUACCAGGUGGUGUGGUGAGUAUCUGGUUUUAGGCCCUCUCCUCUUCUCUCACCACCUCAAGCUUAACCUCGACAAGACGUAGCUGCUCUUCCUCCCGGGAAGGCCUGCCCGCUCCAAGACCUCUCCAUCGCGGUGUCCCCUUCCCAGAGUGCAAAGAACCUUGAUGGGACCCUGGACAACACCCUGUCGUUCUCUGCAAACAUCAAAGCAGUGACUCGCUCCUGUAGGUUCAUGCUCUAUAACAUCCGUAGAAUACGACCUUUCCUCACACAGGAAGCGGCGCAUGUCCUAUUCCAGGCACUCGUCAUAUCCCGUCUGGACUACUGCAACACUGUUGGCUGGGCUUCCCGCUUGUUCCAUCAAAUCCCUGUAACUUAUCCAGAACGUCGCAGCCCAUCUGGUGUUCAACCUUCCUAAGUUCUCUCAUGUCACCCCUCAUGUCGCUCUUCCGUACACUCCACUGGCUUCCAGUCGACGCUCACAUCCAUUACAAGACCAUGGUGCUUGCCUACAGAGCAGCAAUGAGAACUGCUACAUUCAGGCUAUGCGCAAAACCUACAUCCCAAUCAGCCAUCUCUUGUCUCUUGGUGGUCCCACCCCUAUGGGAGGUCAGCUCCCGCUCAGCCCAGUCAAAGGGGUAAAUCCAUUUGAAUUCAAUCACUUUUUGACAGCAUGCCUUUUUGUUUUAAACAACUUGUUUUGCCCAUGGAAGAAGUGGUCGGAAAGGGACUUUUUUGCCAAAACAUGGACUUGAAUGACCCAUUUUGCAUACCCUACCCUACCAUGAGACAUCCAUGUCUUCAUCAUUGGAAAAUAUAAACGGUUGAGAUUGAUGUCAUUUAAAGGCUUACAAACAGGAUUGUCAAACUUUCAUAAUUUUAUUUUUUAAAUAAAUAAUACGAUGUCUUUUUUUUUAACCUUUACAUCUAUCUAAAAACAUAUUUGCAUAUGUUGUAGCUUAGACCCUAUUUUACAUCAUAUACAUUUUUUGUGUUGUGCCUGCCAUCGGUUGAGACAACAUGCUCUUGAAUACAGGGUGGGUGUCAUUUCAAUCAUAGAAAUAGAAUGGACCUAUCCCUUCAGACCAUUGCAAUGUAUCAGGUAUAACUUCUAAUUACUACCACAAAGAUGGCCAACGUUCCACCCACCGUUGAAUGUCAAUUUUGUCAAAAUUGUCAUGUCUAUUCUGUUAUCUAUAUUUCUAUGAUUUAAAUACAGUUGAAAUCGGAAGUUUACAUACACUUAGGUUGGAGUCAUUAACUUGUUUUUCAACCACUCCACGAAUUUCUUGUUAACAAACUAUAGUUUUGGAAAAUCGGUUAGGAUAUCUACUUUGUGCAUGACACAAGUAGUUUUUCCAACGAUUGUUUACAGACAGAUUAUUUAACUUAUAAUUCACUGUAUCACAAUUCCAGUGGGUCAGAAGUUUACAUACACUAAGUUGACUGUGCCUUUUAAACAGCUUGGAAAAUUUCAGAAAAUUAUGUCAUGGCUUUAGAAGCUUCUGAUAGGCUUAUUGACAUCAUUUGAGUCAAUUGGAGGUGUACCUGUGGAUUUAUUUCAAGGCCUACCUUAAAACUCAGUGCCUCUUUGCUUGACAUCAUGGGGAAAAUAAAAAGAAAUCAGCCAAGACCUCAGGAAAAUUAUUGUAGACCUCCACAAGUCUGGUUCAUCCUUGGGAGCCAUUUGAAAACGCCUGAAGGUACCACGUUCAUCUGUACAAACAAUAGUAUGAUACCGCUCAGGAAGGAGAUGCGUUCUGUCUCCUAGAGAUGAACUUACUUUGGUGCGAAAAGUGCAAAUCAAUCCCAGCAAAGGACCUUGUGAAGAUGCUGGAGGAAACAGGUACAAAAGUAUCUAUAUCCACAGUAAAACUAGUCCUAUAUUGACAUAACCUGAAAGGCCGCUCAGCAAGGAAGAAGCCACUGCUCCAAAACCGCCAUAAAAAAGCCAGACUACGGUUUGCAACUGCACAUGGAGACAAUCGUACAUUUUGGAGAAAUGUCCUCUGGUCUGAUGAAACAAAAAUAGGAAAAAGGGGGUUGCUUGCAAGCCGAAGAACACCAACCCAACCGUGAAGCACGGGGGUGGCAGCAUCAUGCUGUGGGGGUGCUUUGCUGCGGGAGGGACUGGUGCACUUCACAAAAUAGAUGGCAUCAUGAGGAAGGAAAAUGAUGUGGAUAUAUUGAAGCAACAUCUCAAGACAUCAGUCAGGAAGUUAAAGCUUGGUCACAAAUGGGUCUUCCAAAUGGACAAUGACUCCAAGCAUACUUCCAAAGUUGUGGCAAAAUGGCUUAAGGACAACAAAGUCAAGGUAUUGGAGUGGCCACCACAAAGCCCUAACGUCAACCCUAUAGAAAUUUGUGGGCAGAACUGAAAAAGCGUGUGCGAGCAAGGAGGCCUACAAACCUGACUCAGUUACACCAGCUCUGUCAGGAGGAAUGGGCCAAAAUUCAUCCAACUUAUUGUGGGAAGCUUGUGGAAGGCUACCUGAAACAUUUGACCCAAGUUAAACAAUUUAAAGGCAAUGGUACCAAAUACUAAUUGAGUGUAUGUAAACUUCUGACCCACUGGGAAUGUGAUGAAAGAAAUAAAUAAUUAUCUCUACUAUUAUUCUGACAUUUCACAUUCUUAACAUAAAGUGGUGAUCCUAACUGAUCUAAGAUAGGACAUUUUUACUAGGAUUAAAUGUCAGGAAUUGUAUAAAACUGAGUUUAAAUGUAUUUGGUUAAGGUGUAUGUAAACUUCCGACUUCAACUGUAGGUUUCCUAUGGAGGAUUGACAGUAUAAUUUAAAACAACAGAUAUUCCCAUUCGUCAACAUUCUCUGAAGUCUGGACCUCCAACCAUCUUUUAGUACAUUUAUCAGCCAAAACAUGACACCCACCCUGUAUUCAAGAGCAUGUGUAUCAACUGAUGGCGGGCACAACACGAAAACCUCAGAUGUAAAUUGCAACAUCUGUGAAUAUGAAAAUAAUCUGAGUUGAUGGUUAAAAAUUACAAUUUGUAUAAAAAAAAAAUAUAUAUAUAAUAGUUUGACAUCCCUGUUUAUAAGCUUUUACAUUUAUAUCAAUCUCAACCAUUUAUCUUUUCAAGUGAUGAAGACAUUGAUGUACAUUUACAUUUUAGUCAUUUAGCAGACGCUCUUAUCCAGAGCGACUUACAGUUAGUGAAUACAUAUUUUUUUUUUAUACUGGCCCCCCGUGGGAAUCGAACCCACAACCCUGGCGUUGCAAACGCCAUGCUCUAUCAACCGAGCUACAUCCCUGCCGGCCAUUCCCUCCCCUACCCUGGACGACGCUGGGCCAAUUGUGCGCCACCCAUGAGUCUCCCGGUCGCGGCCGGCUGCGACAGAGCCUGGAUUCGAACCAGGAUCUCUAGUGGCACAGUUAGCACUGCAAUGCAGUGCCUUAGACCACUGCGCCACUCAGGAGUCUAGGAUGUCUCAUGGUAUGGUUGUUAAGCAAAGAACUGACCAAAGCGGAUUUGUGUAGCCUUGGUGUUACUUUCAUCCACUAUCCAUCAAUCUAAUGACAAUAUAAUAAUAAGUGAAGUUAUAUUUCAUAAUGUAACAUGACAUGACUUAGAAUGUCUUUGUUUCCCCUCCACCCUCUCAUAUUGCUUGUUUCCCCCCUCUAGUCUUACCAUGACCCAAACUCUGAGGAGGAAGAAGUCCCAGUAGGCUCCAGGAUUGUAGCAGGAAUGGUGACUUCCCCCAGGGAGGCACCGCAGCGCGAGAGGGAGAGAAGACCUGACGGUGGGGUCCAGGAGGAUGGGCUGGAGGGGGAAGAGAAGGAGGACUUGCCCACCCAACCACCACCUGUUGAGCAAAGGCCCAAAGAGGGUAAGGACAGCUAGGACAAACAAAUUUUCACGAUUACACUAAUAUCAUCAAAAUCAAGAAAUCAUAUCACGUUUUGGGGCUCAUUCUGUAGUUUUUACCUGAUUUUAAAGUAGAAUCCUGUAAAUUUUUUUUUUUCAAAAAUACCAUUUAUAUUCCUAAAAAAUAAGUUGCAAAUGAUACUGUUGUUGCUUCCUGUUGUCAUGUAUUUUUUAUUUCAAAUCCAAUUUUGUCACAUACUUCGUAAACAACAGGUGUAGACCAGAGUUUCCAUUAGGAGAAUAUGGCGCUGGACAACGUGACCGGGAAGAUGUUUGAGAAAUUUACCGGACCCAUAUAUGUUGGGUGCAUAACACAUUAGGGCGUCCACCCACGGUGCUCAAAAUGACAGAAAUCACAUUUAGAUUAUGGUAAUGCAUCUUAACUCAUGUAAUGAAGCAGCCAAUAAAACUUAAUUUCUAACAUUUGCCAAAAUGCAAUUCAUGGGAAAACACCAUUCUAAGCAGUGCACCUGAUAGCAGUCCCAUGUGUGACAGAGAUAAAUAUAUCUGUUAGAAACUUAGAAAUCUAAAGAUGCAACAACUAGGAUGGGUUGCUAAUAUGACUAGGAUUGUGCCUUUGGCUUCUGGAAAACAAAAGAAAGUUGAUAUGAAAACCAAUAGAACAUGAGAGAAAUGGCACAUCGGUGGGUCCAAUAGGGAAGUAAAUGGAAAUGCAUUUGCAAAAAUUAUACAGAAAUAAAUAAAAUCAUAAAUACUUCACCAGAAAGCAUGACUUAGCCACAGAGGAAUCGAGGAUCAUUAGCUUCUUUAAAAUGUUUUUGCUGUGGAUUGUUUCAAAUCACAAGCUCGUAGGCCUAUGCGUAUUUGGGAACCCCGCAGUUUGGGCGGUGCGUGUGGCAAUAGGCCUAGCUGAUUUGAGUUGCGGCUGUCAGUGAAAAGCAUCUAAAAUAUGUGUAAAGAUAAUGUGUCUUGAGUAUAAUUUUAAAUUUUGAGACAAGAACAAGGGGAGGGGUGUGUCGCGAAGAUAUAGGCAUGUCUCUCCAGAAUGGCUCAGCUUUCUCCCGCCAAAUGUUGCUCAUUAAUUGUUUCAUUGUGUGAAUGGUUUGUCCUUUUUGUUUUUUUCUUUAAUCAGUACCGUUAAUCCUCGUCGUUUGGUUACAUUAAUUUCUGUUAAUGCAUUUAUUCAUUAGUCAUUUACCAUUCUCAUUCUCGGAGUGGAAACAUUGUUUGUAGAGUUCACAACCUGCUACACUUGUGGUAAACAGGUUUUGGUUUAUUUCAUAACCAUCAUUUACGAGAUAUGUCCAUUUUUGUCAUUUGUCUUUUGUUUGGAGUGUUCCAUGUGAGCAAUGAGCAUGUGUCUGGUUUCUCUGUCCUGAGAAUGUUGAGGGAGCGCGCGCACCUGAGCACACUUAGAAGUACCUGGCCUGCUCUGCGAAAUGUAAGAAAGUGUUUUUUUAACAUCCAUUGUGAAUGAUAAUAUAUUAAAACUAUAGUUCCUCACAGUAAGCUAUUUGGAGAAACAAUCUCGUCCUCGAUAAUCACCAAUCCUCGGUGUGAAAGAGCAAUGAAAGUUAUAGGCCUAUUGCUGCAUAGGCCUAUAGGCAAUGAGUUCCAUGCGCGUAUUUCUUCAGCCGCCAAUGGAUCACGGUGUAUCAAUGUGUCCAUAUGGCAGAGGCUGGUGAUCUCGCAUUAGUUGACUUUUAACUUUAAUUUUAUGUCAGAUUUUUAUGAUUAACCGCAUGACAAUGAUUUUGAGAAACUAAAACGUUAUUAUUGAAAUGAAACUGUUCCGCACAAAUGUGCAUAUAAAAAUCAUAACUGGCACGCAGAACUGUAGAAAUGGUAGAAUAAAUUCUAAGCUUCCCCAAACUUGAAACUCAUGUGGCACCUAUAAAGUCAUAAAAUAAUUGCCUCCAUGUUUCCAUGGUCAGAUUCUGCCUAUAGGCUACUUUGAAGCGAGGAAAGACAUGCCUGAGGAGCUGUAGGAUAAAUCCUGCUCAAAAUUGGCUCUGUAUGCUGUGCGCAUGUGGUAGUUGUGUUGUUGUGGGGUGGAUAAAUAAGAUGCAUGAUGACUAAUGAAACACACAGGCCAAUUUAAUUUCACUCAAUUAUGCAAAUUUACCUUUAGACCGAUAACGAUGAUGGUCAAAUGUAUUUCCAUCGACUGGUAUUUCUAUCGAUGAAUAAAAAGCAUUAUUUUGCAAUGGAUCUUUUUUUUUCUCACGGUCAUUUUAGCCAACAACAGUUUUAUUUAUCAGCUUUUCAUUUGUUUUAUCGGCCAAAAGUCGGCAAUUGCCAUUUAACAGAAACCCUGGGGUAGACUAACAGUGAAAUGCUUACUUAUGGGCCCUUCCCAACAAUGUAGAGAAAAAAACUAUUGAACUAUGAAAUUAUUGAAAGAUAACACAAGGAAUAAAUACACAAUGAGUAACGAUAACUUGGCUAUAUACACGGGGUACCAGCACUGAGUUGAUUUGCAGGGGUACGAGGUAGAUAUGUACAUAUACUAUAGGUAGGGAGAAAGUGACUAAGCAACAGGAUAGAUAAUAAACAGUUGUAGCAGCAGCGUAUAUGGUGACUGUGUUUGGCGUCAGUAUGCAUGCGCGUGUGUGGGCGUAUGUAGUGUGUUUGAGUCAAAAGGGCUCCCGAGUGGCGGAGCGGUCUAAGGCACUGCAUCUCAGUGCUUGAGGCGUCACUACAGACCCCCUGGUUCGAUUCCAGGCUGUAUCACAACCGGCCGUGAUUGGGAGUCCCAUAGGGAGGCGCACAAUUGGCCCAGCGUCGUCCGGGUUUGGCCGGUGUAGGCAGUCAUUUUAAAUAAGAAUUUGUUCUUAACUGACUUGCCUAGUUAAAUAAAGGUAAAAUACAUUUUAAAAAGUGUUAUUGAAAAAAAAAAGGGUAAAUACAGAUAUUUUGGGUAGUUAUUGGUUAACUAUUUAGCAGUCUUAUGGCUUGGGAGUAGAAGCUGUUCAGGGUCCUGCUGGUUCCAGACUUGCUGAAUCGGUACUGCUUGCCGUGAGGUAGCAGAGAGAAUAGUUUAUGACUUCGGUAGGGCUUUCCUCUGACACCGCCUGGUAUAGAGGUCCUGGAUUGCAGGGAGCUCGGCUCCAGUGAUGUACUGUGCUGUACGUACUACCCUCUGUAGCGUCUUGUGGUCGGAUGCCAAGCAGUUGCCGUACCAAGCGGUAAUGCAGCCAGUCAAGAUGCUCUCAAUGGUGCAGCUGUAUAACUUUUUCAGGAUCUGAGGGUGCAGGCCAAAUCUUUUCAGCCUCCUGAGAGAGAAGAGGUGUUGUCGUGCCUUCACGACUGUGUUGUUGUGUGGGGACCAUGAUAAUUCCUUAGUGAUGUGGUCACCGAGGAACUUGAAGCUCUCGAACCGCUCCGCUACAGACCCAUCUAUGUGGAUGGGGGCGUGCUCGGCCAUCCAUUUCCUGUAGUCCACGAUCAGCUCCUUUGUCUUGCUGACGUUGAAGGAGAGGUUGUUGUCCUGGCACCACACUGCCAGGUCACUGACCACCUCCCUAUUGGCUGUCUCGUUGUCGUCGGUGAUCAGGCCAACCACCGUUGUGUCGUCAGCAAACUUAAUGAUGUUGUUGGAGUCGUGCGCGGCCAUGCAGUCGUGGGUGAACAGAAUGUACAGGAGGGGACUAAGCAUGCACCCAUGAGGGGCCGCGUGGAGGAUGUGUUGUUGCCUACCCUCACCACCUGAGGGCAGCCCAUCAGGAAGUCCAGGAUCCAGUUGCAGAGAGGUUUUCAGUCCCAGGGUCCUGAGCUUAGUGAUAAGCUUGGAGGGCACUAUGAUGUUGAUUGCUGAGCUGUAGUCAAUGAAAAGCAUUCUCACGUAGGUUUUCCUCUUGUCCAGGUGGGAGAGGGCAGUGUGGAGUGCAAUAGAGAUUGUGUCAUCUGUGGAUCUGUUGGUGGUAUGCGAAUUGGAAUGUGUCCAGGGUGUCUGGGAUGAUGGUGUUGAUGUGAGCCAUGACCAGCAUUUCAAAGCAUUUCAUGGCUACAGAUGUGAGUGCUACGGGGCGAUAGUCAUUUAGAGAGGUUACCUUGGCAUUCUUGGGCACAAGGACUAUGGUGGUCUCCUUGAAGGUUAUUACAGUCUGGGUCAUGGAAAGGUUGAACAUUUCAGUGAAGACACUUACCAGCUGGUCAGCACAUGCUCAGAGUAUGCGUCCUGGUAAUCUGUCUGGCCCUGCGGCCUUGUGAAUGUUAACCUGUUUUAAGGUCUUACUAACAUCGGCUAGUUGCUGUCAUGCAUGGUUCAGUGUUGCUUGCCUCGAAGUGAUCAUAGGAAUUUAGCUCGUCUGGUAGGCUAGCGUCAUUGGGCAGCUCGCGGCUAGGUUUCCCUUUGUAAUCCAUGACAGUUUGCAUGCCCUGCCACAUCCAACAAGCGUCAGAGUCGGCGGAAAACAUGGUUGUUGUGGAUAUUGUUUCAAAGCCUAACACAACGAAAUGAACAGCGCUUUCUAAGGUGAUGAUUAAUUCAAAACACAUCUGUAUAUCAUUUGACAUUUUUACAUUUUAGUCAUUUAGCAGACGCUCUUAUCCAGAGCGACUUACAGGAGCAAUUAGGGUUAAGUGCCUUGCUCAAGGGCACAUUUACGUCAUUUAGCAGACGCUCCAGUCCAGAGCGACUCACAAAUUGAUGCAUUCACCCUAUAGCCAGUGGGAUAACCACUUUACAAAUUUUUUUUUGGGGGGGGUAGAAGGAUUACUUUAUCCUAUCCCAGGUAUUCCUUAAAGAGGUGGGGUUUCAAAUGUCUCCGGAAGGUGGUGAACGACUCCGCUGUGUGUGUGGGGGGGUAGAAGGAUUGCUUUAUCCUAUCCCAGGUAUUCCUUAAAGAGGUGGGGUUUCAAAUGUCUCCGGAAGGUGGUGAGUGACUCCGCUGUCCUGGCGUCGUGAGGGAGCUUGUUCCACCAUUGGGGUGCCAGAGCAGCGAACAGUUUUGACUGGGCUGAGCGGGAACUAUGCUUCCGCAGAGGAAGGGGAGCUAGCAGGCCAGAGGUGGAUGAACGCAAUGCCCUCGUUUGGGUGUUGGGACUGAUCAGAGCCCGAAGGUACAGAGGUGCCGUUCCCCUCGCUGCUCCAAAGGCAAGCACCAUGGUCUUGUAACGGAUGCGAGCUUCAACUGGAAGCCAGUGGAGUGUGCGGAGGAGGGGGGUGACGUGAGAGAACUUGGGAAGGUUGAACACCAGACGGGCUGCGGCAUUCUGGAUGAGUUGUAGGGGUUUAAUGGCACAUGCAGGGAGGCCAGCCAACAGCGAGUUGCAGUAAUCCAGACGGGAGAUGACAAGUGCCUGGAUUAGGACCUGUGCCGCUUCCUGUGUAAGGCAGGGUCGUACUCUCCGAAUGUUGUAGAGCAUGAACCUGCAGGAGCGGGUCACCGCCUUGAUGUUAGCGGAGAACGACAGGGUGUUGUCCAGGGUCACGCCAAGGCUCUUCGCACUCUGGGAGGAGGACACAACGGAGUUGUCAACCAUGAUGGCGAGAUCAUGGAACGGGCAUGAGAGGUGAUGCAUAUAUAGUGCAUCACCUCUAAUAGUACCCGUCAAAAAUUUGGACACACCUACUCAUUCCAGGGUUUUUCUUUAUUUUUACUAUUUUCUACAUUGUAGAAUAGUAGUGAAGACAUCAAAACUAUGAAAUAACACAUAUGGAAUCAUGUAGUAACCAAGAAAGUGUUAAAUAAAUCAAAAUAUAUUUAAGAUUCUUCAAAGUAGCCACCCUUUGCCUUGAUGACACCUUUGCACACUCUUGGCAUUCUCUCAACCAGCUUGACCUGGAAUGCUUUUCCAACAGUCUUGAAGGAGUUCCCACAUAUGCUGAGCACUUGUUGGCCAGGUCAUCUGAUGCAGCACUCCAUCACUCUCCUUCGUAAAAUAGCCCUUACACAGCCUAGAGGUGUGUUGGGUCAUUUUCCUGUUGAAAAACAAAUGAUAGUCCCAAUAAACCCAAACCAGAUGGGAUGGCAUAUUGCUGUAGAAUGGUGUAGUAGCCAUGCUGGUUAAGUGUGCCCUGAAUUCUAAAUAAAUCAGUGUCACCAGCAAAGCACCAUAACACCACCUCCAUGCAUUACGGGUGGGAAAUACAAACAUGCGGAGAUCAUCCAUUCACCCGCACCGCGUCUCACAAAGACACGGCAGUUGUAACGAAAAAUCUCUAAUUUUGACUCAUGAACAAAGGACACAUUUUCACCGGUCUAAUGUCCAUUGCUCGUGUUUCUUGGCCCAAGCUGGUCUCUUCUUAUUAUUGGUGUCCUUUAGUAGUGGUUUCUUUGCAGCAAUUCGACCAUGAAGGCCUGAUUCACACAGUCCCCUCUGAACAGUUGAUGUUGUGAUGUCUGUUACUUGAACUCUGUGAAGCAUUUAUUUGGGCUGCAAUUUCUUAGGCUGGUAACUCUAAUGAACGUAUCCUCUGCAGCAGAGGUAACUCUGGGUCUUCCAUUCCUGUGGUGGUCCUCAUGAGAGCCAGUUUCAUCAUAGCGCUUGAUGGUUUUUGCGACUGCACCUGAAGAAACUUUCAAAGUUUUUGACAUGUUUUGUAUUGACUGACCUUCAUGUCUUAAAGGAAUGAUGGACUGUCGUUUCUCUUUGCUUAUUUGAGCUGUUCUUGCCAUAAUAUGGACUUGGUCUUUUACCAAAUAGGGCUAUCUUUUGUAUAACCCCCCUACCUUGUCACAACACAACUGAUUGCCUGAAACACAUUAAGAAGGAAAGAAAUUCCACAAAUUAACUUUUAAGAAGGCACACCUGUUAAUUGAAAUGCAUUCCAGGUGACUACCUCCUGAAUCUCGUUGAGAGAAUGUCAAGAGUGUGCAACGCUGUCAUCAAGGCAAAGGGUAGCAACUUAAAUAUAAAAUAUAUUUAGAUUUUUUUGGUUACUACCUGAUUCCAUAUGUGUUAUUUCAUAAUAUAUAUAUAAUAUAUGCAGUUGAAGUCUAAGGUUUACAUACACUUAGGUUGGAGUCAUUUAAACUUGUUUUUCAACCACUUCACACACUUCUUGUUAACAAACUAUAGUUUUGGCAAGUCGGUUAGGACAUCUACUUUGUGCAUGACACAAGUAAAUUUUACAACAAUUGUUUACACUGUAUCACAAUUCCAGUGGGUCAGACGUUUACAUACACUAAGUUGACUGUGCCUUUAAACAGCUUGGAAAAUUCCUGAAAAUGAUGUCAUGGCUUUAGAAGCUUCUGAUAGGCUAAUUGACAUCAUUUUAGUCAAUUGGAAUAUUUCAAGGCCUACCUUCAAACUCAGUGCCUCUUUGCUUGACAUCAUGGGAAAAUCCAAAGAAAUCAGCCAGGACCUCAGGAAUUGUUUUUUCUCCAAAUGCCUGAAGUUACCACGUUCAUCUGUACAAACAAUAGUACGCAAGUAUAAACACCAUGGGACCACACAGCCGUCAUACCGCUCAGGAAGGAGAUGCGUUCUGUUUCCUAGAGAUUAACGUACUUUGGUGCGAAAAGUGCAAAUCAAUCCCAGAACAGCAGCAAAGGACCUUGUGAAGAUGCUGGAGAGAACGGGUACAAAAGUAUCUAUAUCCACAGUAAAACGAGGCCUAUAUCGACAUAACCUGAAAGGCCGCUCAGCAAGGAAGAAGCCACUGCUCCAAAAUCGCCAUAAAAAAGCCAGACUACGGUUUGCAACUGCACAUGGAGACAAUCGUACAUUUUGGAGAAAUGUCCUCUGGUCUGAUGAAACAAAAAUAGGAAAAAGGGGGUUGCUUGCAAGCCAAAGAACACCAACCCAACCGGGAAGCACGGGGGUGGCAGCAUCAUGCUGUGGGGGUGCUUUGCUGCAGGAGGGACUGGUGCACUUCACAAAAUAGAUGACAUCAUGAGGAAGGAAAAUUGUGGAUAUAUAUUGAAGCAAUAUCUCAAGAUGUCAGUCAGGAAGUUAAAGCUUGGUCGCAAAUGGGUCUUCCAAAUGGACAAUGACUCCAAGCAUACUUCCAAAGUUGUGGCAAAAUGGCUUAAUGACAACAAAGUCAAGGUAUUGGAGUGGCCAUCACAAAGCCCUGACCUCAAUCCUAUAGAAAAUGUGUGGGCAGAACUGAAAAAGCGUGUGCGAGCAAGGAGGCCUACAAACCUGACUCAGUUACACCAGCUCUGUCAGGAGGAAUGGGCCAAAAUUCACCCAACUUAUUGUGGGAAGCUUGUGGAAGGAUACCUGAAAUGUUUGACCCAAGUUAAACAAUUUAAAGGCAAUGCUACCAAAUACUAAUUGAGUGUAUGUAAACUUCUGACCCACUGGGAAUGUGAUGAAAGAAAUAAAAGCUGAAAUAAAUCAUUCUGACAUUUCACAUUAUUAAAAUAAAGUGGUGAUCCUAACUGACCUAAGACAGGGAAUGUUUACUAGGAUUAAAUAUCAGGAUUAGUGAAAAACUGAGUUUAAAUGUAUUUGGCUAAGGUGUAUGUAAACUUCCGACUUCAAUUGUACAUACAUACAUACAUACACACAUACAGUGGGGGAAAAAAGUAUUUAGUCAGCCACCAAUUGUGCAAGUUCUCCCACUUAAAAAGAUGAGAGGCCUGUAAUUUUCUUCAUAGGUACAAGUCAACUAUGACAGACAAUGAGAAAAAAAAUCCAGAAAAUCACAUUGUAGGAUUUUUAAUGAAUUUAUUUGCAAAUUGUGGUGGAAAAUAAGUAUUUGGUCAAUAACAAAAGUUUCUCAAUACUUUGUUAUAUACCCUUUGUUGGCAAUGACACAGGUCAAACGUUUUCUGUAAGUCUUCACAAGGUUUUCACACACUGUUGCUGGUAUUUUGGCCCAUUCCUCCAUGCAGAUCUCCUCUAGAGCAGUGAUGUUUUGGGGCUGUCGCUGGGCAACACAGACUUUCAACUCCCUCCAAAGAUUUUCUAUGGGGUUGAGAUCUGGAGACUGGCUAGGCCACUCCAGGACCUUGAAAUGCUUCUUACGAAGCCACUCCUUCAUUUCCCAGGCGGUGUGUUUGGGAUCAUUGUCAUGCUGAAAGACCCAGCCACGUUUCAUCUUCAAUGACCUUGCUGAUGGAAGGAGGUUUUCACUCAAAAUCUCACGAUACGUGGCCCCAUUCAUUCUUUCCUUUACACGGAUCAGUCAUCCUGGUCCCUUUGCAGAAAAACAUCCCCAAAGCAUGAUGUUUCCACCCCCAUGCUUCACAGUAGGUAUGGUGUUCUUUGGAUGCAACUCAGCAUUCUUUGUCCUCCAAACAUGACGAGUUGAGUUUUUACCAAAAAGUUAUAUUUUGUUUUCAUCUGACCAUAUGACAUUCUCCCAAUCCUCUUCUGGAUCAUCCAAAUGCACUCUAGCAAACUUCAGACGGGCCUGGACAUGUACUGGCUUAAGCAGGGGGACACGUCUGGCACUGCAGGAUUUGAGUCCCUGGUGGCGUAGUGUGUUACUGAUGGUAGGCUUUGUUACUUUGGUCCCAGCUCUCUGCAGGUCAUUCACUAGGUCCCCCCAUGUGGUUCUGGGAUUUUUGCUCACCGUUCUUGUGAUAAUUUGACCCCACGGGGUGAGAUCUUGCGUGGAGCCCCAGAUCGAGGGAGAUUAUCAGUGGUCUUGUAUGUCUUCCAUUUCCUAAUAAUUGCUCCCACAGUUGAUUUCUUCAAACCAAGCUGCUUACCUAUUGCAGAUUCAGUCUUCCCAGCCUGGUGCAGGUCUACAAUUUUGUUUCUGGUGUCCUUUGACAGCUCUUUGGUCUUGGCCAUAGUGGAGUUUGGAGUGUGACUGUUUGAGGUGUGGACAGGUGUCUUUUAUACUGAUAACAAGUUCAAACAGGUGCCAUUAAUACAGGUAACGAGUGGAGGACAGAGAAGCCUCUUAAAGAAUAAGUUACAUGUCUGUGAGAGCCAGAAAUCUUGCUUGUUUGUAGGUGACCAAAUACUUAUUUUCCACCAUAAUUUGCAAAUAAAUUCAUUAAAAAUCCUACAAUGUGAUUUUCUGGAUAUUUUUUUCUCAAUUUGUCUGUCAUAGUUGACGUGUACCUAUGAUGAAAAUUACAGGCCUCUCAUCUUUUUAAGUGGGAGAACUUGCACAAUUGGUGGCUGACUAAAUACUUUUUUUCCCCACUGUGUGUGUGUGUAUAUAUAUAUAUAUAUAUACACACACACACACACACACACACACACACACACACACACACACACACACACACACACACACACACACACACAGUACCAGUCAAAAGGUUGGACACACCUACUCAUUCAAGGAACUGGGAGCUUCGUUAAAUAGUACCCGCAAAACACCAGUCUCAACGUCAACAGUGAAGAGGCGACUCCGAUACUUUUGUACCUGUUUCCUCCAGCAUCUUCACAAGGUCCUUUGCUGCUGUUCUGGGAUUGAUUUGCACUUUUCGCACCAAAGUACGUUCAUCUCUAGGAACCAGAAUGCAUCUCCUUCCUAAGCGGUAUGACGGCUGCGUGGUCCCAUGGUGUUUAUACUUGCGUACUAUUGUUUGUACAGAUGAACGUGGUAACUUCAGGCAUUUUGAAAUUGCUCCCAUGGUUGUACGACUUGUGGAUGUCUACAGUUUUGUUUUCUGAGGUCUUGGCUGAUUUCUUUUGAUUUUCCCAUGAUAUCAAGCAAAGAGACACUUAGUUUGAAUGUAGGCCUUGAAAUACAUCCACAGGUACACCUCCAAUUGACUCAAAUGAUGUCAAUUAGCCUAUCAGAAGCUUCUAAAGCCAUUAAUUUUCCAAGCUGUUUAAAUGCACAGUCACCUUAGUGUAUGUAAACUUCUGACCCACUGGAAUUUUGAUACAGUGAAUUAUAAGUUAAAUAAUUUGUCUGUAAACACUUGUUGGAAAUAUUACUUGUGUCAUGCACAAAGUAGAUGUCCUAACCGACUUGCCAAAACUAUAGUUUGUUAACUAGACAUUUGUGGAGUGGUUGAAAAAUGAGUUUUAAUGACUCCAACCUAAGUGUAUGUAAACUUCCGACUUCAACUGUAUGUCGUAGGCCUACCGUUUGUAAAACACCCCAAAAAGACGGCAGGUACGAACAGAACCAAAAAAAGACCUCCAGAAGACGUCUGCCCGUGCUUACUAGGGUGUAGCCUACUGUGUUGGUCUGCAAAGGAAUUUUAUCAAUGCCCAUCCAUGUGGUAGGCCCACCGUUUGUAAAACAGCCCAUUGAAUUGGCUUUAUUAGUCCUGAUUCCUGUGACUAAUCAAUUUGGCUAUUUAAGCUCCGAAUAUCAGCUACACAACUUCAUCAGGAGUUAUCCUGAGCCUAUUUGCAAUGUGUUUACACAGCGGGAAAUCAGAAGUAUUUUCUUUUUCGCCGUGAUCAGCUCAUCAAAAAUUGACAGAUACAAAUUUGAAACCACUGAUCAUGAAAAUUUAGCCCACAGGGUGAAACUUCUGGACAGCAGUUGUGAGUAGCCUGAUUUGUCCAUUUCAUAUUGUCCAUUUUACUUUGAUCUGUCUUGUUUUUAGGGUAUGUCAGCGUAUUUUUUUAUUUCAUUGGGUGCCAUUUAGGUUAGGCUAUUUGAUCUGAGAAACCUGCAUGAUGUAAAACGUGUCCGUCUCAUUACAUUGUCAUACAUUUUAUCUCCAGCCUGUAGGCUACAGAAAAGGCCACAUACUUUUUCUACCAUAUGCUAUAUCCAGGGGUGAAAGUAUAAUUAAUUUAUUCCCGGUACGGGACCAAGCGCGUGCACCAACAUUUCUUAUGGGCCUAGUCAUAGAGUGACAAAUACAGUCCCUAUUAAUUCAAUAGGAUCUCUGUGGGCCUAGUUGUAAAGAUUUGUCAUUUAACUUUUAAAAUGCAUGACCUUUUAUUGUGGCAUAAACACAACCAGUCAAAAUGUUUUCAUCUGAUUCUUAAACAAUCACUUCAAAGGGCUCCUUCAUAGGUUAACCAUGCACAUAUAUAUUUCCAGACUCCAAACAGUGGUGAAUGGAAAGAGACAUCUGUUACACGUAAACACCAAAAAGUGAAAUGACAAAUUUGGCUAUUGUCAUGUCACUGUUCUCGUCGAACCACAUCGCAUUGGACUGUAGGCUAUACCAUCCGUUUUCAAGUCCAUUCGCUCAUUUGUCAUGCCUCUGACGUGCGGUAAUGAUAAAGUGGUGUAAUAGCAUACAGUUUUCUUGACAUUUUGUUUUAAUUAUUGUGAAUGGCUCAUGUUUUACCCUGGCGAUAUCUGCUACAUUUUUUUUACGGAACGUUGGUGGAGCGCCACAGCGAUGCGUCUCUCCAACAGAUGGCGCCCUGGGAAUGGACAAGCAAAAUAAUUUGUGCCCCUGCCUUUGAGUGUAUGUUAACUUCUGACUUCAAUUGAAUGUAUACAGUUAUACAAUACAUAGAUUACUGCAUAUUACACAUGGCACAAGAACAGAAAACUAAACUAAUUUUAAGAUGUCUUUGGUAUAUAAUUGGUCAAGCCUAUACUUCAAAAUUAAACAAAUUCUAGUAAUCGCCUUUGAGUGUGGAUUGUAUUAUUAUGCAUACUGGAUGGACUGGUUACCUUAUGCUAUACUCCAAAAUGUCUAUCCAUGAGGCUGGGAGAGAACGUAUAGGUCUAGGCGAUGCUGUUGGUUCAUUGAUUGUGCAUGGCUGCUUACAGUUUGCCUACAAUUAUAGUGAAUUUGAUUUUAAAUAGCCUAGUAAUAGGGCAUUUAUAUAUAAUUUGAUAAUGAAUAGGCAGACACAAGGCCUACCUUUCAGCUACAGAAAAUCUCAUCACCAUGCAUUUCCAUUUCCUCCUCUCUCGCCUUCAUUACUUUCUCGAGCGCACAGAGAGGGGCUGCCAAUAGUUUAAUUAAAUUAGUUUUGUUGUGAAAACGUUACUAUCGACGUUCCGAACAGCUGCAGAGACAGGGUUGGAGAGCCCAUGGCAUACAGAGUUUGGGUGGAAUAUCACCUGUAGCGCACAGCGAGAGGCUGCAUGCGCCUCAAACAUUGGUUGAUGCAUUGAUUUAAAAAAAUAUGUUAAUUAGUUAUUUCUGUUUUUAUUUGUAAUAAAUGUGCAAACAUUUCUAAAAACCUGUUUUCGUUUUGUCAUUAUGGGGUGUUGUGUGUAAUUUGAGGGGGGGGAAUAAUUUAAUCAAUUUUAGAAUAAGGCUGUAAUGUAAUGUUAUUUGAAAAAAGUCAAGAUGUCUGAAUACUUUCCGAAUGCACUAUAUGUUUUGAUUUCUAAGACAUUCUAAGGUUUGCAUCAUUCACAACUAAAAUUGCUAAACAACUCAAUCUAGUUUAUAGGACCUGUUUCAAAUGAUCAUGUUUACGCUCAGCAUAGCCACUUCAUAUGCACACUCUCUCUGGAUUGGGAAAAAUAUCAUAAGUUCAAUUAAUUCUUCUUACUAUAAAAUCAUAAAAUAUAAAAUAAUGGCAUGGGACUUAGACGCAUAUCUUUUCUGCAUGGCGCAUAGCCAGAUAACAUACAGUAAGCUUACUCAUGUUCUGUUCUUCUGAAAUACAUUUUCUUCAUAUCAUAAAGUUUCUAUAGACCUGCCUAAAAUAAAUAAUGGAUUUAUUGUGACGGGUGUAUAUUCAGGUAAUUUAUUAUACUUUUUUUUUUUUAUGUAGAUAUUUCAAAGGCUCUUAUCAGCGGCUUGUAUGUGGCUCUUAUGCAUGGAGGUCUGGAAAUGCUAAAUAUGUUUGUUAAUUGACGAUCAAUUACCGUGAGACCUGCAAACUUUUACAUGACAAUAACCGGCUGACACAAUUUCAUGACCGCCACAACCCUCCAUUUGCAAAUCUGACCAUAUGGUUAUGGGCAGAUUUGCCAAAUGCAGGGCGAGGGAGAGCUUUGUAUGCGUUUCUUUGUGUGGCGUAAAGGUGAUCUAGAGUUGUUUGUUUUUUUGUCUGUAGUUGUACACGGUGACAUGAUGGUAAAAAAUGUGGUAAGACUGAUUUCAGUUCCCUGCAUUAAAAUAAACGGCCACAAGGUGGGCCGCUACUAGAUGUGCAUUUUCUUGUUUGCUUAUGGCCCUAUACAGCUCAUUAAGUGGGGUCUUAGUGCCAGAUUUCAGUUUGUGGUGAUGAAUAGACAGCUACGAAAAAUAUAGAUAAACUCUCUUGGUAAAUGGUAUGGUCUGCAGCUUAUCAUGAGGUAUUCUAACUCAGGCGAGUAAAACAUUGAGACUUCCUAAACAUUAGAGAUCACGCACCAGCUGUUAACAGAGACACACACACCUUCCCCCUUGCCCGAAGCUGCCAUUUGGUCUUGACGAUGAAUAGAAAAACCAGCUAGAUGCAUGUUAUCCAUGUCCCUUUUCAGCCACGACUCAGAGAAACCGGAUAUUACAGUUCUACACGUCCUGUUGAUGGGAUAGUCUUAAAACGGAGCUCGUCCAGUUUGUUCUCUAGUGAUUGUACGUUCGCCAAUAUAACGGAGGGUAGAGGUGGUUUAUUUACUCGCCAACGUAGUCUCGUCAGGGAGCCCGCUCGUUUGCCUCUUUUGCGCCGUCUCUUCCUCUUUCGAGUCCCGGGAUUAGGGCCUGGUCCGCAAGGAGCAGUACAUCCCACAACUGCGAACUCGUUGAAGUAAUAAUCUUCAUCCAAAUCGACGUAAGUGAUCACUGUUCUGAUGUCCUGAAGCUGUUUUUGGUCAUAGGAAAUGAUGACGGAAAUAAUAUGUAAAAAAAAUAAAAAAUUACGAUCAGCGUAAAACCCCCCACAAAAUGUCAUGAGCCCGUAAAACGGCAGCUAUCCACUGCAGUGCCAUCUUCCCAAUUUAUAGCCGAGUGUCAAAACACCGGUUUUAAAUGUCCAAAUUCAUAAUCUGUAUGCUGAAAUAAGUGAUAUGUUGAAGACCAAGACACAAAUUACUCCCUAUACACACACGUGUCAUACUUGUGUUCAGAUUACUUCUAUUUUGCUAAAUUAGUACCGUAACUGCUCACGCGUCAACAUUUACCAAGCGGUCACUCCAGACUGAAAUAUCAUAGCUUUCACCUGGAUUCACCUGGUCUAUGGAUUGUUUAUGGCCACAAUGCUACAAUAUGUUCCACAGAUAGGAGUGAUAGGAGUGGGGAAAAAGGUACUUGUGCAUUGAUAAGCACACCAAAGACGGGAUUACCGAUAAAUAAUCAAAUAAAGACCGCACUUCUAAAAGCCUAUUUCACACCAUAACCUGCUGAAUUUGGAAGAUUACGCUUUCUUUCAUUUUGAUUUCGGCACAAAUGAAAAUGUGGUACAGGCUUGCCCAUGGAUUGACGUUUCAGCAUUGUCUCAAUGAAUAGUUCAGCGUUUGACCAGCCAUGUACAACAUGCACGUGCAGUUACAAGCCUGUCUGUGUUUUUGCUUGAACAUACUAACUCCACUCCCCCUACCAUUUGUGAUUUUUGGUUGAUGCAGUUCCUGUGGUGAAUGGGGGCACAGCCAAUGGGGAGCCCUGUCUGUUCCCCUUUCUCUUCCUGGGGAAGGAGUACUCGGACUGUACCACCGAUGGACGGGGGGACGAACGGCUGUGGUGCGCCGCCACCUACGACUACGACAGGGACAAGAGAUGGGGCUUCUGUGAGAGUAAGUCGGCAUGGCCGUUUCAGACCUUGAGGAAACUCAAGUGAGUUAGUUACUGUUAUCUUAAAUGGAAUGUAUUCAGUGAGUGAAUCUAUUGGUUGAAUUUGUGAGCUACUGCAAAACUUGUAAGCUCAGUGAGGACCAAAUUCAGAAUUGUCCUAGACUGACCAAUCAUUUGAGUGAACCUUAGAUGACAGCACAUUUUUUUCUUUGUGAGUGAAUCAGUGUUUGAUUGUUGUGGUCAAAAUGAAAUUCUAUUUUCUGUCCCUCCCCCUUAGAGAGGGACACACACACCACUUACGAGGCUGAAACAAACAGUGAAUGAAUAAAGUUGUGUUGUGUUGUAGCGGAGGAGCAGGCUGAGCAAAGGCAUCUAGCGGAGGAGGCCGAAAAGGAGUACCAGACAGCCCUCCGCAUGAUUAACGGAACCAACCGGAAGAGCCAGAAGAAAGAGUGAGCUCUCUUUCCUCCCCUCCUCCUCCUUGUCUCACCUACACACUAAUCUCUCACAUUCUCCUUUAGUGUUCAUAAGUGUGCCUGCUGAAAGCAAGAACAUUCUAGACAUCCCACUUACUCAUAUUAUUAUUAUUAUUAGUGUGCUUGCUGAGAGCAAGAACGUUUUAGAAAUCCAACAAUCUUAUUAUUAGUGUGCUUGUUGACAGCAAGAACACUCUAGAAAUCCUACAGUCUUAAAAUUAUUUGCUCUAGCGCUUAAACUGCUUAAGCGAUCAACACCAAACAAACUUUUUAAAUAUGCAGACAGACAGUCUUUAGGUUACUAGGGAAAGUCUGGGCUGAUUUUGGGAAACCCUGGUUUAAGGCACGGAGGCAUGUGGGAUUUGACUUUAACUCCUCCUAUAUCCAUCUGAGCCUCAUAUAGGCGGCAGGUAGCUUAGUGUUUAAGAGCAUUGUGCCAGUAACCGAAAGGUCGCUGGUUCUAAUCCCUGAGCCAACUAGGUGAAAAAUCUGUCGAUGUGCCCUUGAGCAAGGCACUUAACCCUAAUUGCUCCUGUAAGUCGCUCUGGAUAAGAGCGUCUGCUAAAUGACUAAAAUGUCAAUGUAAAUAUAGUCUACCAUUUGUAUAGCCACAUCAUGGGUUAGCACAUGCUGAGAUGAAAGGAUGGCCAUUUUGUGCUUUUAGUAAAUAAGAAUUUAUAUUUGUAUGGGAAUGUGUGUGUGUGUGCAUUGUUUGUGUGUACAGUGCCUUCCGAAAGUAUUCAUAGAUUGCACACAGGGAUUACACCAGGCCAACGGUGAUUUUAAAACAGUUACAAAGUUUAAUAGUUGUGGUAUGAGAACUGAGGAUGGAUGAACAACAUUGUAGUUACUCCACAAUACUAACCUAAAUGACAGAGUGAAAAGAAGAACCUGUACUCAGGGGUAUUUACACCCCUGAGUCAAUACUUUGUAGAAGCACCUUUGGGGGCGAUUACAGCUGUCUCUUUUUGGGUAAGUCUCUAAGAGCUUUGCACACCUGGAUUGUACAAUAUUUGCCCAUUAUUCAUUUGUAAAUUCUUUAAGCUCUGUCCCGUUGAUUGAUGAUCAUUGCUAGACAGCCAUUUUCAAGUCUUGCCAUAUAUUUUGAAGCCGAUUUAUGUCAAAACUGUAACUAGGCCACUCAGGAACAUUCAAUGUCUUCUUGGUAAGCAACUCCAGUGUAUAUUUGGCCUUGUGUUUUAGGUUAUUCUCCGCUGAAAGGUGAAUUAGUCUCCCAGUGUUUGUUGGAAAGCAGACUGAACCAGGUUUUCUUCUAGGAUUUAGCCUGUGUUUCUAGCUAUAUUCCGUUUUUAAGUGCCUUGUGGCAAAUAAGAUGCAUGUAAAAAAAAAAUGUAAAAUUCUGUACAGGUUUUCUUCUUUUCACUCUGUCAUUUAAUAAUAAUAAUAAUAUGCCAUUUAGCAGACGCUUUUAUCCAAAGCGACUUACAGUCAUGCGUGCAUACAUUUUUUUUUGUGUAUGGGUGGUCCCGGGGAUCGAACCCACUACCUUGGCGUUACAAGCGCCGUGCUCUACCAGCUGAGCUACAGAGGACCACAUUAGGUUAGUAUUGUGGAGUAACUACAAUGUUGUUCAUAUAUCCUCAGUUUUCUCAUACCACAACUAUUAAACUCUGUAACUGUUUUAAAAUCACAGUUGGCCUGGUGUAAUCCCUGAGCAAAGGGGUUGAAUAUUUAUUGACUCACUAAAAGUGGCAGUAAUAAAGCCUCUCUUGAAAAAGCCAAACCUUGACCCAGAAAUUGUAAAAAACUAUCGGCUUAUAUCUAAUCUCCCAUUCCUCUCAACAUCUUUAGAAAAAGCUGUUGUGCAGCAACACACUGCCUUCCUGAAGACAAAACAAUGUAUACGAAAUGCUUCAGUCUGUUUUUAGACCCCAUCAAAUCACUGAGACUGCACUCGUGAAGGUGGUAAAUGACUUUUUAAUGGCGUCAGACCAAGGCUCUGCAUCUGUCCUUGGGCUCCUAUAUCUUGAUAUCUUUCUGACAGAUAAGAUCUAAACCAGGCAAGGACAAGUUCUUGCCUGGUUUAGAUCUUAUCUGUCAGAAAGAUAUCAGUUAGUCUCUGUGGAUGGUUUGUCCUCUGACAAAUCAAUUGUACGUUUCGGUGUUCCUCAAGGUUCCGUUUUAGGACCACUAUUGUUUUCACUAGAUAUUUUACCUCUUGGUGAUGUCAUUCGGAAACACAAUGUUAACUUUCAUUGCUAUGCGGACGACACACAGCUCUACAUUUCAAUAAAACAUGGUGAAGCCCCAAAAUUGCCUGCCCUGGAAGCAUGUGUUUCAGACAUAAGGAAGUGGAUGGCAGGACAUUUUUUUUACUUUAAAACCCGGACAAAACAGAGAUGCUAGUUCUAGGUCCCAAGAAACAAAGAGAUCUUCUGUUGGAUCUGACAAUUAAUCUUGAUGGUUGUACAGUUGUCUCAAAAAAAAACUGUUACUCUGGACCCUGAUCUCUUUUGACAAACAUAUCAAGAAUAUUUCAAGGACAGCUUUUUUCCAUCUUCGUAACAUUGCAGAAAUCAGAAACUUUUUGUCGAAAAAUUAUGCAGAAAAGCUAAUCCAUGCUUUUGUCACUUCUAGAUUAGACUACUGCAAUGCUCUACUCCCCAGAUACCCGGAUAAAGCACUAAAUAUACUUCAGUUAGUGCUAAACACGGCUGCUAGAAUCUUGACUAGAACCAAAAUAUUUGAUCAUAUUACUCCAGUGCUAGCAUACACUGGCUUCCUGUUAAGGCUAGGGCUGAUUUCAAGGUUUGACUGCUAACCUACAAAGCAUUACAUGGGCUUGCUCCUACCUAUCUCUCUGAUUUAGUCCUGCCGUACAUACCUACACGUAGGCUAUGGUCACAAGACGCAGGCCUCCUUAUUGUCCCUAGAAUUUCUAAUCAAACAGCUGGAGGCAGGGCUUUUUCCUAUAGAGCUUAAUUUGUAUGGAAUGGUCUGCCUAUCCAUGUGAGAGACGCAGACUCGGUCUCGACCUUUAAGUCUUUACUGAAGACUCAUCUCUUCAGUAGGUCCUAUGAUUGCGUGUCGUCUGGCCCAGGGGUGCGAAGGUGAACGGAAAGGCACUGGAGCGACAAAUCGCCCUUGCUGUCUCUGCCUGGCCGGUUGCUGUCUCUCCAUUGGGAUUCUCUGCCUUUGACCCUAUUACGGGGUCAUCCCUAGGAGGGGUCCGUGCCCCCUAAUUCUCUCUCUCUCUCCCUCCCCUCCCGGAGGACAUGAGCCAUAGGACCAUGCCUCAGGACUACCUGGGCUGAUGACUCCUUGCUGUCCCCAGUCCACCUGGUCGUGCUGCUGCUCCAGUUCCACUCUUUUGCCUGCGGCUAUGGAACCCUGACCUGUUCACCGGACGUCCUACCUUGUCCCAGACCUGCUGUUUUCAACUCUCUCUCUUUACCGCACCUGCUAUAUCAACCUCUAGAUGCCCGGCUAUGAAAAGCCAAGUGACAUUUACUACUCAUGUACUGACCUGUUGCAACCUCUACAACCACUGUGAUUAUUAUUUGACCCUGCUGGUCAUCUAUGAACGUUUGAACAUCUUGGAGAAAAAUCUGGUUUUAAUGGCCAUGUACUGUUAUAAUCUCCACCAGGCACAGCCAGAAGGGGACUGGCCACCCCUCAGAGCCUGGUUCCUCUCUAGGUUUCUUCCUAGGUGUCUGCCUUUCUAGGGAGUUUUUCCUAGCCACCAUGCUUCUACAUCUACAUUGCUUGCUGUUUGGGGUUUUAGGCUGGGUUUCUGUAUAGCACUUUGACAUCUGAUGUAAAAAUGAUUUAUAAAUACAUUUGAUUUGAUUGAAGACAUUUCAGCUUUAAAUUGUUAUUAAUUUCUCAAAUCUUCUACAAACAAAAGUCCACAUUAUGGGUUAUUCUGUGUAGAUCUGUGACAAUAUCAAUUUAAGCAAUUUUUAAUUCAGGCUGUAACACAACAAAAUGUGGAAAAAGUAAAGGGGUGUGAAUACUUUCUGAAAGCUUUGAUAUGCUUGCACGGCUGCGUGUCUUGUCGCUAAUCUCGUCCCACUCCUUUCUUAUUUUGUAUCUUUGUAUCUAUCUUGGACAGGAUAGACAGAGAGAAAGGAAGGAGGAAACAUAUUGCUAGAGCAGUGGGUUGGAUUCGAACCCAUGCUUGCAGCGGUACUUUACACAUGUGUUCUAGAGGAGAGGCAGCGGCUUAGACUGCUAGACAACCCCAGGCUACAUACACACCUUUAACUUACUCAAUCUUCAUCUUAUUCCUCAUCAGGUUGUAUGAAAAGCUAUUGAAGGUGGCGUGGAAAGGCCACCACAAGGCCAUGGAGAAGGUGGCCUACGCCAUGCUGUUUGGAGACUACAUGACCCAGGACAUCCCCAAGGCCAAGGAGCUAUUUGAGAAGCUGGCCCUGGAGGGCUCCCCCAAAGCUCAGAUGGUAAUGGAACAUUCCUAUUUAAACUAAAUGGAUCCAGGGUAGACAUUUUAAACAUGCUCUGUUGAUGCUUAGGGCUACAGCCACACAGCUUUUGUCUUAAAAUUACGGAUUGAGUCAUCCAUUGAUGAACGGAGCUGAUUGUCCUUCAAAAAAAGCACAGUAUGUCCAUCUUUUUACGUAUGCAACUCGCUUUUAAAGUAGUUGACUUGAAUAGAAAUGUUGACUGACGAAAACAAACAAUUGAUGUAUGUAUGUAUGUAUGUAUGUAUGUAUGUAUGUAUGUAUGUAUGUAUGUAUGUAUGUAUGUAUAUACGAUUUCAUCUAUGUUUAUGCAUCUCUGUGUGGUUGUAGGUAGCCUAACGCUCCACCUGGUAUCUUCCAACAGGCACUUGGUUUCUUGUACGCUGCCGGGUUAGGCGUGAACUCCAGUCAAGCAAAGGUACAAACAUCCAGCCUCUCUCCUUUUUCUCUCUCCCUCCUUUCUCCAAGCCCGUCUCUCUUCUUUCGAUGUAGCCUAUAUACUGAUGAAAAGCUGUAUUUGUUCAGAGGUAGCUUUCGUAGAUAAUAUGGAGUUACCUCCUUAACCAGGAAUGUAAAGUAAAGCAUAUCCCCUCAACUCUGUUUCAGGCGUUGGUUUACUACACCUUCGGGGCUUUGGGCGGAAACCUGGUGGCUCAUAUGAUUCUGGUGAGCUACUUCUGCUUUUAGUAGAUUUGAAUAGAGAAGCCUUAUAAUGUGUAUUGUUUCUCUCUUAUGGAUAUACUGUAUAAUGAUUGACCUUUUCUCCCUUUGCUACCAUUCUCUCUUUAGGGAUACCGAUACUGGGGUGGUGUGGGUGUGCCCCAGAGCUGCGAAUCGGCACUGACGCACUACAGACUGGUGGCCAAUCAUGGUAAGAAGACACCCGCUGCCAACCAAUUAAACACUUUCACUGUCUCAGAUUACAGUUUCUCAGUGUUUUGAAUCGAGAACACCUGCAUCUAAACAGCCCUAAACUAGCAUGUGCAGUAGAGUUCGAAAAGUAGAUUUGUUUUAAGUUUGUUUUGUUGCGAAGUGUCUCUAUUGCACAUUUGUAGGUGCUGCCCUUUUAUAGGAAAAUCCCCAGAUUCUCAGCAAACUGAUUAAACAAAAGGAAAGGCUGCAACUCUACUGAUCACAGAGACAUGUAUGCAGAAACAUGUGUCUUUCUCCAGUGGCCAGUGAUGUGUCCCUGACGGGAGGCAGUGCGGUGCAGAGGGUGCGUCUGCUGGACGAGGUGGAGAACCCGGGCUCUACCAGCGGCAUGCUGGAGGAAGACCUGAUCCAGUACUACCAGUUCCUUGCUGAGAAGGGAGACGUCCAGGCCCAGGUUAGGGUUAAGAUGGGGAAGACUGCUCUUAGUGUUUUUUCUGCGUAGGAAAUUCUUUGGAGUUCUUUGCGAUGGGAAAAACAGCAUUCACUGUAAACUUGAAGGAUGAAAACUAAAUUGAAAGUAUGUAGAAAAGAUAAUAGCCCUAUAUAUUUUUUCAUAAUGUAAUCUUUGAGAACUAACAAUCACCAAAAUUAAAGCUAGACAGUCAGGGAAAAUGGAAAAUUCUAUAAAUUAUGAAUUCAGGGCAUUAUACCCAUUAUACCCUUCCUCGCACUUGCGGGAGUUAAAGGAAGUAAUCAAAUCACUUGUUGAGUCUCUUGAUUUUCAAGUUUCUCUGGCGCUUGCACGACUAUAGCAUGAAAAUGGGUAAGCAUGUAAUGAUUGAAAAGGUGGAUUCUGGUCAAAAGUAAAUCAAAUCAAAUCAAAUUUUAUUGGUCACAUGCGCCGAAUACAACAGGUGCAGACAUCACAGUGAAAUGCUUACUUACAGCCCUUAACCAACAGUGCAUUUAUUUUUAACAAAAAAGUAAAAAUAAAACAACAACAAAAAAAGUGUUGAGAAAAAAAAGAGCAGAAGUAAAAUAAAAUAACAGUAGGGAGGCUAUAUAUACAGGGGGGUACCGUUGCAGAGUCAAUGUGCGGGGGCACCGGCUAGUUGAGAUAGUUGAGGUAAUAUGUACAUGUGGGUAGAGUUAAAGUGACUAUGCAUAAAUAAUUAACAGAGUAGCAGCAGCGUAAAAAGGAUGGGGUGGGGGGGGCAGUGCAAAUAGUCCGGGUAGCCAUGAUUAGCUGUUCAGGAGUCUUAUGGCUUGGGGGUAGAAGCUGUUGAGAAGUCUUUUGGACCUAGACUUGGCACUCCGGUACCGCUUGCCGUGCGGUAGCAGAGAGAACAGUCUAUGACUAGGGUGGCUGGAGUCUUUGACAAUUUUGAGGGCCUUCCUCAAAAUUGCAUGAGGAGAAACCACUGGAGGAGAAAGCACUUCCAAAAGUAGUGCACUAUAUAGGGAAUAUGGUGCCAUUUGGGACUCAUACGUCGUGUUUUGUGCCAUGACCCCAUGCUUUGUUCACAACAGGUUGGACUGGGCCAGCUGCAUCUGCACGGUGGUCGGGGGGUGGAGCAGAACCACCAGGUAACCUUUCCCUAACCCAUUUUCAACCUUAUUCGAACACUAGCUGUGCUGCUCACUCUUGUAUUUAAUGUGAUUAAAUGUUUGUUUGUCGACAGCGGGCCUAUGAUUACUUCAACCAGGCAGCGAAUGCCGGGAACACACACGCCAUGGCCUUCCUUGGGAAGGUAAGAUUAUUACAUGAUUUUAUAGGCCUGUAGCACUGUGUAGAAGUAAGUAGGUAACGCUAACCUUACUCUGUGGCUGUGCUACUUUCCAGUGGUUUCUCCUCAUGCUCCCUUCUCUCUCCUUCUCUUUAUUUUUUCUUUGUUCUUUUUUUCUCUCGCCUGUCUUUUCUUGCUCUUUUCUCACUCUCUGUCUCUCUCUGUCAGAUGUACUCGGAUGGCAGUGAGUACUUGUCUCAGAACAAUGAGACGGCCCUGCAGUACUUCAAGAAGGCCUCUGACCUGGUGAGUGUCCAAAUCUUAGAAAUAGAAUCACUGGAGUGGAAAUCAUAUUUCUAUGGUCCAGCCAUGGAUUGUUAUACAUCCAUAAUGAUAUCUAUAUAACUCUGUUUGCUUCAUCUUUCCAUUUAUCAAACAAUUCACUCCUUUGGGUAUCUUAUAGAUAGGCCACAGUGCCUGCACAUACAGUGCAUUCGGAAAGUAUUCAGACUCCUUCCCUUUUUCCACAUUUUGUUACAUUACAGCCUUAUUCUAGAAUGGAUUACAUUAUUUUUUUCCCUCAUCAAUCUACAAACAAUACCCCAUAAUGACAAAGCGAAAACAGGUUUUUAGAAAUUUUUGCAAAUGUAGAAAAAAACAGAAAAACCUUAUUUACGUAAGUAUUCAGACCCUUUGCUAUGAGACUCAAAAUUGAGCUCAGGUGCAUUAUUCUUCCAUUGAUCCUCCUUGAGAUUUUUCUACAACUUGAUUGGAGUCCACCUGUGGCAAAUUCAAUUGAUUGGACAUGAUUUGGAAGGCACACACAUGUCUAUAUAAGGUCCCACAGUUGACAGUGCAUGUCAGAGCAAAAACCAAGCCAUGAGGUCGAAGGAAUUGUCCGUAGAGCUCAGAGACAGGAUUGUGUCGAGGCACAGAUCUGGGGAAGGGUACCAACACAUUUCUGCAACAACACAGUGGCCUCCAUCAUUCUUAAAUGGAAGAAGUUUGGAACCACCAAGACUCUUCCUAGAGUUGGCCGCCCAGCCAAACUGAGCAAUCGGGGGAGAAGGGCCUUGGUCAGGGAGGUGACCAAGAACCCGAUGGUCACUCUGACAGAGCUCCAGAGUUCCUCUGUGGAGAUGGGAGAACCUUCCAGAAGGACAACCAUCUCUGCAGCACUCCACUAAUCAGGCCUUUAUGUAGAGUGGCCAGACUGAAGCCACUCCUCAGUAAAAGGCACGUGACAGCCCGCUUGGAGUUUGUCAAAAGGCACCUAAAGGACUCAGACCAUGAGAAACAAGAUUCUCUGGUCUGAUGAAACCAAGAUUGAACUCUUUGGCCUGAAUGCCAAGCAUCACGUCUGGAGGAAACCUGGCACCAUCCCUACGGUGAAGCAUGGUGGUGGCAGAAUCAUGCUCUAGGGAUGUUUUUCAGCGGCAGGUUUUUCGAGGCAAAGAUGAACGGUGCAAAGUACAGAGAGAUCCUUGAUGAAAACCUGCUCCAGAGCGCUCAGGACCUCAGACUGGGGCGAAGGUUCACCUUCCAACAGGACCACGACCCUAAGCACACAGCCAAGACAACGCAAGAGUGGCUUCGGGACAAGUUUCUGAAUGUCUUUGAGUGGUCUGAAUACGUUCUGAAUGCACUGUAUGCCUGUAAGAAUUCCCAAUAUAAAAGUCCACUGCUCAUAGUGGUCAAAAACUGUUGGGACAGAAAUAUUCUUAUACAUCGCUUUUCAAUGAUAACAUGGUUUUUCAGGAUCGAUCAGUUAUACAUUAUUAGUCAAAUUAACCGGUGUAGAUGUGGUUUUCAAGACUGCCUCUCUUUUUGGUGUCCUUACCCGCUGUUCUUGUCCCCUAGGGUAACCCUGUUGGACAGAGUGGACUGGGCAUGGCGUACCUGUACGGGAGGGGCGUGCCAGUGGUAAGUGACUGCCAGUGUCCACCAUCACCCAGUGCCACCCAUACCACCUGGCACCUACACUAGAAGAGCUUGGCAAAACACAUUUAUUUUAGGUAAAGAUUUGGCACAUGCAAUAAGGUUCAGCUGCAUGCCUGUUUGAUUCAAACUGUAGUUAAAUUACUAAAGUGAGCUUUUGUAAACAUUGGCAUUUGAAUCCAGCAGCUGUGUAGGCCUGUCUGUAUUUUCUGUAUGAUUUACACAAUAGUUUUGUGUGUGUGUCCUACAGAAUUACGAGUUGGCGCUGAAAUACUUCCAGAAGGCAGCGGAGCAGGGCUGGGUAGACGGACAGCUUCAGCUGGGUACCAUGUACUACAGUGAGUGUGUGCGCAUGCGUGUGGGCCUGUGUGUGUGUAGAGACCCACUGUUUUUUCUGUUGGUUAGUGUAAAACAGCCUUGUCCCUUUGGUCUCCUGGGGAACAGUGCAAUGUUAGUUGCCUACCAAAAUUCUGCUCCCAACUCUGCAACUCUGCAGCCAUAAGAUGCCACUCUUUUUUUCUCUUGCACACCACAUCUUCCUCUCCCUCUCCUUCUCAAUGUUGGGGAUCUCUCACUCACUUUUGUCUCUCCAUUCCUCCUCUUCCUCCCCAGAUGGCAUCGGGGUGAAGCGUGACUACAAGCAGGCCCUCAAGUUUUUCAACCUGGCCUCGCAGGCGGGCCACAUCCUGGCAUUCUACAACCUGGGCCAGAUGCACGCCACGGGCACCGGCGUUAUGCGCUCCUGCCACACCGCCGUGGAGGUGAGCUAGUUAGCCAUUAGCUAGCUGCUGUACAUAAUUGGCUAGCUGCGGCAUUAGCCAUUAAUUAGCUAUAGCUGCUGUAUAGAAUUGGCUAGCAAUAGCAUUAUCCGUCAACUAGCCGUUAGCUGCUAUGGAAUUGUAUAGCUAUAGGAUUAGCCAUUAGCUAGCUAUUAGCUAGUUGAGUAUCCCAGUCCUUCAGUUCAUUAGCCUUUAAUUAACUUAUCACACACCACUGCUACACUAGCCACCUGGAAGCUAGCCUCUAGACAGUGUUUCCCGGUUUAUUAGCCAGCAAUUAGCUUUGUUAGCUGUGCAUUAAUCAUCAAUAAACCAUCCGUUAGCCUGAGAUUAACCUUAAUCCGUUAGAGUUAUGCAUGAAUAACCAAUUAGCCGUCUUCUAGCUAGGCAUUAAAAAUAGCCACCCGUUUAGCCAUUUAGUAGCCUGCUAAUUGCCCUCCGUUAGCUGCUAUUCAGCCAUGCAUUAGCUAAGCAUUUAGCCAUUAGCUACUCAUUGUCAGUCAUUGUUUGCCAAUCCAUACUUAUCCAUUCCUUAGCCAUUGAACCACAACUGGGGUCAGAUACAUUUUAAUCCUCCCAUUGGUUAAAGUUAAAAUCAGGGGUUGUGUAAUCUGAUCCUAGGUCUGUGCUUAGGGGCGACUACUAUCUUGAGAAUUGCCUGAACAGCCCCUGUUUUGUUCAUGUUUCUGUGUGUAUAUGUCUGUCUUUUGUGUGUGUGUGUGUGUCUGCGAGCAGCUCUUCAAGAAUGUGUGUGAGCGUGGGCGCUGGUCGGAGAGGCUUAUGGCAGCCUACGGCAGCUUCAAGGACGGCGACAUGGAUGGGUCGCUGGUGCAGUACCUGCUGCUGGCCGAGCAGGGCUAUGAAGUGGCCCAGAGCAACGUAGCCUUCAUCCUUGACCAGAGUAAGAACACAUAAACUGUGUGUGUAUGUAUGUACAGUACGAGUCAAAAGUUUGGACACCUACGCAUUCAAGGGUUUUUCUUUAUUUUAACUAUUUUCUACAUUGUAGAAUAAUAGUGAAGACAUCAAAACGAUGAAAUAACAAAUAUAUGGAUAACAUAUGAAUAAAUAACAUAAUAAAUAACAUAUGGAAUCAUGUAGUAACCAAAAAAGUGUUAAACAAAUCAAAAUGAGAUUCUUCAAAUAGCCACCCUUUGCUUUGAUGACAGCUCUGCACACUCUUGGCAUUCUUUCAACCAGCUUCAUGAGGUAGUCACCUGGAAUGCAUUUCAAUUAACAGGUGUGACUUGUUAAAAGUUAAUUUGUGUAAUUUAGCAGACGCUUUUAUCCAAGUGCAUGCAUUUUUACGUAUGGGUGGUCCUGGGGAUCGAACCCACUACCCUGGCGUUACAAGCGCCAUGCUCUACCAAUUGAGCUACAGAGGACCACAAAUAAGCAAAGAGAAACGACAGUCCAUCAUUACUUUAAGACAUGAAGGUCAGUCAAUAUGGAAAAUGUCAAGAACUUUGACAUUUCUUCAAGUGCAGUCGCAAAAACCAUCAAGUGCUAUGAUGAAACUGGCUCUCAUGAGGACCGCCACAGGAAUGGAAGACCCAGAGUUACCUCUGCUGCAGAGGAUAAAUUCAUUAGCGUUAGCUGCACCUCAGAAAUUGCAGCCCAAAUAAAUGCUUCACAGAGUUCAAGUAACAGACACAUCUCAACAUCAACUGUUCAGAGGAGACUGUGUGAAUCAGGCCUUCAUGGUCGAAUUGCUGCAAAGAAACCACUACUAAAGGACACCAAUAAUAAGAAGAGACUUGCUUGGGCCAAGAAACAACAGCAAUGGACAUUAGAUCGGUGGAAAUGUGUCCUUUGGUCUGGAGUCCAAAUUGGAGAUUUUUGGUUCCAGCCACCAUGUCUUUGUGAGACGCGGUGUGGGUGAACGGAUAAUCGCCGCAUGUGUAUUUCCCACCGUAAAGCAUGGAGGAGGAGGUGUUAUAGUGUGGGGGUGCUUUGCUGGUGACACUGUCUGUGAUUUAUUUAGAAUUCAAGGCACACUUAACCAGCAUGUCUACCACAGCAUUCCAUUCUGCAGCGAUAUGCCAUCCCAUCUGGUUUGGGCUUAGUGGGACUAUCAUUUGUUUUUCAACAGGACAAUGGCCCAACACACCUCCAGGCUGUGUAAGGGCUAUUUUACCAAGAAUGAGAGUGAUUGAGUGCUGCAUCAGAUUACUUGGCCUCCACAAUCCCCUGACCUCAACCAAAUUGAGAUGGUUUGGGAUGAGUCGGACCGCAGAGUGAAGGAAAAGCAGCCAACAAGUGCUCAGCAUAUGUAGGAACUCCUUCAAGACUGUUGGAAAACCAUACCAGGUGAAGCUGGUUGAGAGAAUGCCAAGAGUGUUCAAAGCUGUCAUCAGGGCAAAGGGUGGCUAUUUGAAUAUAAAAUAUAUUUUGAUUUGUUUAACACUUUUUUUGGUUACUGUAUGAUUCCAUAUGUGAUAUUUCAUUGUUUUUAUGUCUUCACUAUUAUUCUACAAUGUAAAUAAAGUAUAAAUAAAGAAAAACCCUUGAAUGAGUAGGUGUUCUAAAACUUUUGACCGGUAGAGUGUGUGUGUAUGUAUGUAUGUAUGUAUGUAUGUAUGUAUGUAUGUAUGUAUGUAUGUAUGUAUGUAUGUAUGUAUGUAUGUAUAUAUGUAUAUAUAUAUAUAUAUAUAUAUAUAUAUAUAUAUCUAUAUAUAUAUAUAUAUCUAUAUAUAUACCCUAGCUAGCUAGGGGGAACUGUUUUGAAGAGUUCCGUACUGUUUAACUGCAACCAUCUUGAACCUCCUUAUCCCAAUUAUGUUUCUCCUUCUUCAGCAUUUGGAUUGGUGUAGCCAUGGGCAAGAGUGAGCCAUGUGCCUUCCACAAGUUAAUUCCUUUUAAAUUCAAAUUUGAACAAGUGCACACUUUUAGGGAGAAAGGGGAGAAACCAAAUGUGGCUCUCAUACAGUAUGUACAUUGGUACGACCAUGCCACCACUGCUUCCACUCACCUCUGUCACCAGAGGGCACUGUUACUCUAUAACAAGUGAACCAAGCAUACGGCCUGGGGAAAGUCUGUGGCCUGCCAUCUGAUCUAAUGUGUUCAGAACACUAACCUCUUGUCUGGUUAUAUGAAAAUAUGUGAUUUUGGAGAAAUAAGAAUUCACCGGAAUGCAGUGAAUCCCCUGUGGUUGUUGUUUAGAUCAUGAACGAUUGUUACACUAUGCUAAAAUAAUCAAUUUCUUUGUGCAGCCCUUCUGAUACGUGCUUUUACACAAACAGUGCGUUCUGAACGUUUUCAGACCCCUUUACUUUUUCCACAUUUUGUUGCGUUACAGCCUUAUUCUAAAAUAAUAAUAAAUAAAUAAAUCCUCAUCAAUCUACACACAAUACCCCAUAAUGACAGUUAUUAGAAAUGUUUGCAAAUGUAUUAAAAUUAUAAAACAGAAAUACCUUGAAUGCCAAGCGUCACUUCUGGAGGAAACCUGGCACCAUGCCUAUGGUGAAACAUGGUGGUGGCAGCAUCAUGCUGGGGGGAUGUUUUUCAGUGGCAGGGACUGGGAGACUAGUCAGGAUCGAGGGAAAGAUGAACGGAGCAAAGUACAGAGAGAUCCUUGAUGAAAACCUGCUCCAGAGCGCUCAGGACCUCAGACUGGGGCGAAGGUUCACCUUCCAACAGGACAACGACCCUAAGCACACAGCCAAGACAACGCAGGAGUGGCUUCGGGACAAGUCUCUGAAUGUCCUUGAGUGGCCCAGCUAGAGCCCGGACUUGAACCUGAUCCAACAUCUCUGGAGAGACCUGAAAAUAGCUGUACAGCGACUCUCCCCAUCCAACCUGACAGAGCUUGAGAAGAUCUGCAGAGAAGAAUGGGAGAAACUACUCAAAUACAGGUGUGCCAAGCUUGUAGCAUCAUACCCAAGAAGACUUGGCUGUAAUCACUGCCAAAGGUGCUUCAACAAAGUAAAGGGUAAAGGGUCUGAAUACUUUUAUGUAAAUGUGAUAUUUCAGUUUUUAUUUUUAUAUAAAUUAGCAAACAUUUCAAAAAACCUGUUUUUGCUUUGUAAUUAUGGGGUAUUGUAUGUAGAUUGAUGAGGAAAAACAAUUUAAUCAAUUUUAGAAUAAUGCUGUAACGUAACAAAGUGGAAAAAGUCAAGGGGUCUGAAUCCUUUGCAAAUACACUGUCAUUUUUGACAAAGUAAAUCUUGAAUGCAUUUAAUUACCACUUAUCAUGAUGAUAUUAAACCAGUUGGUACCAUUUUGUAUUUAUGAACCAUGGGUUGGAACCGGUUCAGGAAACAACACACAACUGGAAAAUAACUUCAUUUUUUGACAAACAGAACCAUAACUUCUCUAGUGUUCUGGAACAGAAACAUUAUUUAAAAUCUUGAGAAACGGUUAAUAAAAUACAGUAACUAUUCCUAGUACAUGGGUCUCCAACAGGUCGAUUGCGAGCAACCAGUAGCUCACAGCCCACCUAUGAGGAGCACACCAAACAAUUCUGGAAGUACAUGCAAUUUUCAAGUUUUCCACCGCAAACUGUCAUAAACAAAUCUCACAAGUAUCAGACACCGCAAGCUCCCAACUACUAUCUAAUCAACGCACCGUUGACAUUAUCCCACCCCUGGUUAGCCACUAUUGACUUAAAAAGCCAAACCUAACACAAUAUCUUCCAAUUAAUUUCCAGCAGUAUUGCCCUGGUCUGGCUGUGUGGUGCGCGUGUUUGUCUAUCACUCCUUGUGUAGCCAUCCAGUUGAUGUGAUAGCCAUCUUGUUGGUAGAUAGAAAUACUUUCCCCUAAACCUUCUCAAUUAAAUGUUAACUGCAAAGUAGGCUUACCUGGCAGAAGUACAUUUUUAUAUAUAUAUAUAUAUAUAUAUAUAUGUGUGUGGACACCCCUUCAAAUUAGUGGAUUCGGCUAUUUCACCCACACCCGUUGCUGACAGGUAUAUAAAAUCGAGCACACCGCCAUGCAAUCUCCAUAGACAAACAUUGGCAGUAGAAUGGCCUUACUGAAGAGCUCAGUGACUUAACGUUGCACCGUCAUAUGAUGCCACCUUUCCAAUAAGUCUGUUCGUCAAAUUUAUGCCCUGCUAGAGCUGCCCCGGUCAAUGGUAAGUGCUGUUAUUGGAAACGUCUAUGAGCAACAACUGCUCAGCCGCGAAGUGGUAGGCCACAAGCUCACAGAACGGGACCGCCGUCUGUCCUCUGUUGUAACACUCACUACCGAGUUCAAAACUGCCUCUGAAAGCAACGUCAGCACAAUAACUGUUCGUCGGGAGCUUCCAUGGCCGAGCAGCCGCACACAAGGCUAAGAUCACCAUGCGCAAUGCCAAGCGUCGGCUGGAGUGGUGUAAAGCUUGUCGCCAUUGGAGUCUGGAGCAGUGGAAACGCGUUCUCUGGUGUGAUGAAUCACGCUUCACCAUCUGGCAGUCUGACAGAAGAAUCUGGGUUUGGCGGUUGCCAGGAGAAUGCUAACUGCCCCAAUGCAUACUGCCAACUGUAAAGUUUGGUGCAGGAGGAAUAAUGGUCUGGGGCUGUUUUCAUGGUUCGGCGAGGCCCCUUAAUUCCAGUGAAGGGAAAUCUUAACGCUACAGCAUACAAUGACAUUCUAGACGAGUCUGUGCUUCCAACUUUGUGGCAACAGUUUGGGAAGGGCCUUUCCUGUUUCAGCAUGACAAUGCCCCUGUGCACAAAGCGAGGUCCAUACAGAAAUGGUUUGUCAAGAUCUGUUUGGAAAUCAACUCUAAGGUUUGUCAGACUGAAACUAUUUUAAGGCGAUCUUUGAAGCUUCUUGCUUGUCCAGUGUUUGCUGCACAGAGAGAAUUAAGUGUUGUAUCUGUGAAAGUUCACCUCUGCGCUGUCACAGACUGGUCUUCCCUGGUUCUCUGACCCUGCUGAGACCCCUGUCGCCAUCUGAUCCUGCUCAGAUGAGGCAUGACAAAGAAUUACCUUGGUGUACAUUUAUACAUGAUAUUAUCCAAGAAUAGAAUCAAUGGUUCAAUAAUUGAAAUGACCAUUAUUCUCAGAUCCUAGACUGUAUCCAUCAACUCAAGAUGGAACUUUGUAUACAUUCACAGAUGUAUUAUAAUAUACUGCAAAAUUCACUUGAGCUCCAUAGGCUUGUUUUCCCUGGCUGUCUGACCCAGCAGGGACACCUGUUGCCAUCUAAUCCUGCUAAGACAUGAUGAGCAUAUUGUUGUGUACUGACUGUGCACCUUGACAGUGAAGCGUGUAGAACUGUUUAUACCGUGUCAGUCUGAAAAGUAGGGAAAUAACUAGGGAAACUGACAGAUCAGUUGUUGGGGCUGUGUUUCUGGACCUAAGGAAGGCUUUUGAUACUGUUAACCAUGAGAUUCUCAUCACAAAAUUGUCCAAGUUCAACUUUUCCCCCGAUGCCUUGAGAUGGAUGAAAUCAUACCUUGAAGGCAGAACUCAGUGUGUCAGAGUGAGCAAUGAGCUAUCGCCCACUCUUAGCUAUGAUGUGGGUGUGCCCCAAGGGUCAAUACUGGGGCCCCUCCUGUUCAGCCUGUACAUUAAUGAUCUGCCUUCUGUCUGUACUGGGUCUGAAGUUCAAAUGUAUGCAGAUGAUACAGUGAUAUAUGUGCAUGCAAAGAGCAAACAACAAGCUGCACAAGAACUCACUACUGUAAUGGUCCAGGUUACAAAGUGGCUCAGUGACUCGUGUUUGCAUCUCAAUGUGAAAAAAACUGUUUGCAUGUUCUUCACAAAGAGGGCAACAGAUGCUACUGAGCCAGAAGUCUAUGUGUCAGGGGAGAAGCUCCAGGGGGUAUCUGAUUUUAAGUACCUUGGCAUCAUACUUGAUUCCAACCUCUCUUUUAAAAAGCAUGUGAAAAAGGUAAUUCAAAUAACCAAAUUCAACCUAGCUAAUUUCCGAUUUAUACGAAAUUGUUUGACUACAGAGGUAGCAAAACUGUACUUCAAAUCUAUGAUACUCCCCCACUUAACAUACUGCUUGACUAGUUGGGCCCAAGCUUGCUGUACAACAGUAAGACCUAUUCAGUCUGUCUACAAACAGGCUCUCAAAGUGCUUGAUAGGAAGCCCAAUAGCCAUCAUCACUGUCACAUCCUUAGAAAGCAUGAGCUCCUGAGUUGGGAAAAUCUUGUGCAAUACACCGAUGCAUGUCUUGUAUUCAAGAUCCUAAAUGGCUUGGCUCCCCCUCCACUCAGUAUUUUUGUUAAACAGAAAACUCAAACAUAUGGCAGCAGAUCCACAAGGUCUGCCAUGAGAGGUGACUGUGUAGUUCCCCUAAGGAAAAGCACCUUUAGUAAAUCUGCUUUUUCUGUGAGAGCUUCCCAUGUCUGGAAUACACUGCCAUCAGACACACACAACUGCACCACAUAUCACACUUUCACAAAAUGCUUGAAGACAUGGCUAAAGGUCAAUCAGAUUUGUGAACAUGGUCCCUAGCUGUGUGUUGCCGCUUUCCAUGUCUGUUGUCUGUAACUUGUGAGGUGUGGAAACAUUUUGUUGCUUUUAUGAAUUUUGUCUUGCUGCUUUUUGUUCUAUGUUGCUCGGUCUGUAUGCUACGUCUUGCUUGUCCUAUGUUGCUAUUUCUGUAUGCUAUGUCUUGUUCUAUGUUGUUAUUGUCCAUAUUGUAAUUGUUUUUAAUAACCUGCCCAGGGACUGCGGUUGAAAAUUAGCCGGCUGGCUAAAACCGGCACUUUUACUGAAACGUUGAUUAAUGUGCACUGUCCCUGUAAAAAUAAACUCAAACUAAACUCAACUCAAUAACAUUACAUUGCUAUACUGACUAAUAAAAACUCACAUUGCGCUGAAAAAACGUCAGAAUAUCAGUCUUCAAUCGUUUGGCCGCUGGUUUCAUCGUUUGAUUCAGGUCUAGUGUGAUUGAGGCAAAAAUAAUAGCUGAAGUUAGUGAGCUAGCUAGCUAACGUUAGACAACUUUUGGCUAGCUCUAGCUAAUGGUACAUCAAAUUUACUUCUGUUAAAAUGGGUCAUAACAAAGGCUAGAAAACAUUUCCAUACACACAACAGCUGUUAGAUAUUGCUAACUGACAGAUGGCUAGUAGUUCAUUCACUCCAGUCGAGAGGGGAUGAAACAUUACAUUAGCUAACGUAACGUCAGUUACACUACUAGCUCAGUACUGGGAAUAAAUACUUUUUUUUUCUGUCAAACAGUAGUUACCUUGCCAGCUAGAUCAGUCAACUAAAGAGUAGCCAGUUUCUGCUCUGCUUGCUUUUACAACUUGGAGAAAUAGCGUAACACAGAGACAGCAGCUGCCUCUGUUAAUCUCUCCCAUGCUGGUCCUAUGUGCCAGCCUUUCAGAAGCUUUGCCUUCACACUGCCUGUCCGCACGCGCUGUGGUGUCCGUGCGGUCCAAAAUCCAGCCGGCUGAACCCGAACGCUCUGAGGCGUCCGCAUGGUCCCAAAGCACACCGGUGCCUUAUUUUGUAUCACAGUGCAAUAAUAAAACUGGGGGUGACAAAAAUGCAAUUUCAGAAUGUGAGGGGGGUCAUGUCCCCCCUGUCCCUAGUGAAAGUUGCGCCCCUUGACCAUAUUAUAUUUCAAAACUCGAGCUUUGAAAACCAAAUAGAUCAGUCGGUGUAGCACUUGUGAGGCAUAGUUGAAUGUACAUUUUAAUAAUUUGCAAAUAAUUUGCUUUUUUAUUUUACUGGGCUGCUGGUACCUGCAUCUGAUGUUCAUUGUGCAUUCAAGACAACUGGGAACUUGGUCAUGACGUCACUGAUCUUCAGGUCGGAAAGUCGGAGCUCUAGAAAGAGGCCAGCAUUCCCGACUUGGAAUUUCGAGUUGGAUGACCGUUAAACAAUUUUUUCCAGACUGAGUUCCUAGUUGUCUUGAACGCACUGAAAUCUGACAUUUCCGAGUUCCCAGUUGUUUUGAACACGGCAUUAGUCUCAGCGGAGGUAGGGAGAGAGCAGCAGAGUCCCUGCUCUCUCCUUCCUUUCCUCCAGGGAGACUGACCAGAGAGAGGGGACACUGUCUUCCACCUGAUGGGGAAACUCGAGUUGCACCGCAUCUGCCUCGUGCACAAAUUAAUGUUGUUCCUAUGACCAGAGAAAGUGAAAUGUUCCUCUAUUAAAAUAGACACGCAGGGCUAUCGAUACACUUGGCUACUCAUUCAUUGCAGCUGCUGCGCAAGUGCUUUUAUGUUUUGUAAUAGUGUUGAGCAAAAAGAGUAUUGACAGUGCUGAAUAAAAACUUAAGAUCUCACGCAUAAAAACAGCUGCUUUUUGCUUUAUUCUUUGGCAGUCUCUCUCUGUUGAUGAUUUUAAAAGUUAUGAAGUCUCACGUAGGCUAGUAUCAAAAUUUGCUGUUGCCGGUGUCAUGGACGCUGUAGGAACGGUGAUUUAGACACAGAUCUCCCUGUCCGCCGGGCGGGCUGAAAUUGUAUUUUCAGACAAAUUUAAAUGGUUCCAAAUGGGAACACUUUGCCUAUCCGGUGCGCAGGGCUUAUGAAUCAAGUGCACCUACCGCCAACAGCGCAACACAAAUAAUAAAAAAAGGAGUGCAAGCCUUUAUUGUUGGCUUUUCUGCAGAAAUGUUUGGUGAUCGACUAGGAAUGCCUUGAAGAUCGACCAGUCGAUAACGAUUGACCGGUAGGUGACCACUGAAUUAUAUCAUUUGUAUCUAUUUGUUAUUUGCGAACUUUGCCAUGAGAUGAGCAGCAGCAGUACAGAUACAUUGCUAGACCAUCACAUUAGACGGCACAUUCCUCACUCGCUAGAAGGGCAAUUAAAGGGCCAGACGCUCAAUUAAAGGGGAAUUACACUUACAAAUCAAAAUGUUAGUUUUCCAGACCUAAAGAAAAUGGUCUUCUGUGAUUUAAGCAUUGACAUGGACUCGGAACAUCCAAUAUCGAUGUUUCUCUAUGAACAGUUGUAAGUUUGAGCAUGAAAAACUAAACAAAUCUUAAACCAUGAAAAGGAAAAUAUAAAACAGAUUUUAUAGGGCCCCCCUUAGUUGUUUACUAACCAUUAUUUUACCAUAUAUAUUGACAAAACAGUGCACUAUUUUCUCUUGUACAAUAAGGACCCAGGGGAGAGGAUAAGAAUAUGCCUAUUUCAGCUGCAUAUCAAGCCGGCACUUAUCUGACCAAUUAAACAUGUAAACAACUAUCUUACCCGUUCCAAAGCAAGGUGCUCUAGUCGUGAUAAUAAGCUAAAUUUAAAGACUGUUGAUUUCACGGGUUGAAAAAAUUAACAAAAAGGAACUAUAUGAACCAUGACUUUUUUGGGGUUCGAACCAGUUCACAACUUUUAUUAUGAUGGUUGUAACAAAAAAAUAUUGAGUUUCGAAUGGAACAAUUUGGAAAAUAAUUUGGGUUCCAACCCCUGUUCUGAACUGUGUGUGUGUGUGUGUGUGUGCGCGUCUCAUUUUUAAGCAGAGGAGGCGCGGAUCUUCAGUGAGAACGAGACGUACCCUCGAGCCCUCCUCCAUUGGACCAGAGCAGCAGCACAGGGUUGGUCUAGCCUCCUUCAUAAAUCACCCUCCCCUGUUAUUUCUGUGCUGAGCAACCAUCUUGUUUUUGUACCCUUAAGUUAUUGUAGGCAAGGAUAGCUAAGAUAAAGCUGGGGAAUUGAAGUGACGUGUGCUGUAUGUUCAACUGUGUGACUCAGGUUAAACAGGGACCAGGAUAAAACUGGGGGACAACCACUUCUACGGUUACGGGACUGACGUGUGUACUGUAUCUUCAACUGUGUUACCCAGGGCCCCAGUUAAAAAAACAACAACAUUUGAAUCUAGAUUAAAAUGAUCCUGUCACAAAAUAGAAGCAAAUCUGCAACAUAUCACAUUAUAUGCUACAAUAAAUAUAAUGUUAUAUGAUCCCAUGACAUUUGGUUUGAAAAACUGGGCCCAGUUUAUACAGUGGCUAGGAUAAAGCUGGGGGACUACCACUUCAACGGUUAUGGUACUGGCGUGUGUACGGUUAUGGUACUGACGUGGGUACUAUAUGUCCAACUGUGUUACCCAGGUUAUACAGUGGCUAGAAUAAAGCUCGGGGACUACCACUUCUACGGUUACGGCACUAACGUGGACUACGAGACUGCUGUCAUCCACUAUAGGCUGGCCUCGGAGCAGCAGCACAGUGCUCAGGCCAUGUUCAACCUGGGCUACAUGCAUGAGAAAGGCCUGGGCAUCAAACAGGUGGGCAAACACACACAUGCGCACACAUUCAUACACAUUUACAUUUAACAUUUUAGUCAUUUAGCAGACGCUCUUAUCCAGAGCGACUUACAGUUAGUGAGUGCAUACAUUUUCAUACUGGCCCCCCGGGGGAAAUGAACCAACAACCCUGGCGUUGCAAGCGCCAUGCUCUACCAACUGAGCUACAGGGGACACCCGCACACAACCAUGUAACCCUCUAUCUUUCCCCCUCGUGUAGGACAUCCACUUGGCCAAGCGUUUCUAUGACAUGGCUGCCGAGGCCAGUCCCGACGCCCAGGUGCCCGUCUUCCUGGCUCUGUGUAAACUGGGCCUGGUCUACACCCUGCAGUACAUGCACGACCUCAACGUGAGUGUACAGUACAGAGCGCCUCCUGGACCUGGGUGACUCUGGGAGAUUGUUUCAUCAGUCGUUUCUAUUUCAACUCGUGUGGGCCAGGCUCAAUGUUUGAGGCAAACUUAGGCUAGUUGUAGUUUAUUACAUUCGUACAGGAUUCAUGGGAUUGUACUGCUGGUUAAAUGUAAUCAAUGCUCUCUCUCUUUCUGCUCCCUCUCCCUGCAUCAUCUCCCUCCAUCCCCCCUCCACCAGAUGACUGAGCUGGUCAGUCAGGUGGACCUUGACCAGCUCCUGGGCCCCGAGUGGGACCUCUACCUCAUGACGGUCAUCGCCCUGCUACUGGGCACAGUCAUCGCUUACCGCCAGAGACAGCACCAGGCCGUGCCCCCGCGGCCCCCUCCUCCCCCGGCCCCAGCCAGGCCCCUCCAGGAGCAGCCCCAGCCCCAACCCGAGGACCAGGUUCAGCCCGAGGUCCCGCCCCAGGCCGAAGAGGAGCAGCAGUGA